AUGUGUGAAAAUCUGCCAGCUCAUCCGCCUCUAAUUCUAUUUUGGGUGUCCAGUCUAGCAGCCAUUGUUGUACCUCUGCUGGGCACAGCUGCAAAAAUUACUCCUUUAUCACCAAAGCUUUCUAGGGUUUUAAUCUCCAGUCCUUUGAUCCACUGUCGGAACACGUCAUCAUUUGGCCUACAAUUGCAUUGUAGUUCUCCAUGAAAUGUCCAGAAUUUUUUUCUGUAGUCCUCCUCAGUGAGAGUGUACCACCUCUACACUAAGUCUGCAAAUACUUCCAAAGCCAGACAUCUGAGACCAGCAGUGAGUAACUUUGCCCAUUUUUCCUAUGGCAGGUGGUACUGUCUGCAAGUCUUUUCAAAGCUACACAGGAACACUUCCAAAUUACCAUCUUUAUCCAAAGUAGGAACAGUUCCUGCAAUAGUCUGAGUGCAAAAGAGUCUCAAAUCAAUACUGACAGGGAAGCAAGUCGAUCUCUCCAGUGCAAAGAGUGCACUUACUGCAUUUACUUUUCAUUGGCAUGAUAAACCAAGUUUAUGCAUUUAAUGUACAUUGGCAUGAUAUAACCUACACUGUCACCUUUCCACAUACACGGUCACCAUCUUCCCCCACUGUCACCAACUGCAACACUGUCACUAAACCACAGCCUCCCCACACACUACCUUCCCCACCACACACUGUCAACACCAACCACAUUAUCACCAUCCCCAAACACUGCCCUCAUUCUCCACACUGUCACCAUCCCAACACGCUGUCACCACCUCCACAGACUGCCGCCCUCCCCCACAAUGUCACCACCUCUCACAAUGUCACUAUCCCCCUACACUGUCACCCCUCCCAAACUGUCACCCCACACACUGUCACAAACCGACACACUGUCAAAAUCCCACACACUGUCACCAUCCCCAUAUUUUCACCACCUUACCCCCACAAUGUCAUCAUCUACACACCAUCACCCCCCCCACAUUGUCACCAUCUCCACACACUGCCACCUUCCCACACACAUUGUCACCAUCACCCAAACUGUAAUCUUACCCCACAAUGUCAUCAUCUACACACACUAUCACCCCCACACUAUCACCAUCCCCACACACUGUCCCCAUCCCCACACACUGUUCCACCACACACUGUCACCACUCCAUACACUGUCAACAUUCCACCUACAUUGUCACCAUCCCUCUCACACACUGUCACCAUCCCUUCACACUCUCUCCACACACACACACACACACACUGUCAUCCUCAUCCUCACUGGAAGCAGAGACAGACCACAGAGAGGCUGGUGGCAGAGAGAUGGCACAGCAAGGUUAAGGGCAGAGAGAUGGCACAGAGAGGCUGGGAGCAGAGAGAUGGCACUGGCAGGUUGUUUGGGGGCACAUGGCACUACAGGCUUUUUGGAGGCUCAUUGAAAAGAUACACACAUUUUAUGAAUUUACUGCUCUUUGGCAUGAUAUUCCAGAUUUAUUCAUUUACUACUCAUUAUCAGAAUAUAUCAAGUUUAUGUAUUUAUUGUUCAUUGGCAUGGUAUACCAAAUUUUUUUUAAUUCAUUGCUCAUUGGCAUGAUAUAUAAGGUUUUUUGGCAUUUACUGCAUUAAUAUCAGGGGUGGGAGGUGGUGUGUGUGUAUAUAUAUAUAUAUAUAUAUAUAUAUAUAUAUAUAUGUUUUAAGGCCGUUUGGCCUGUAUUUGUGGCUUAAAUUAAUUACUCCCCUAUAUAAGGGACACCCCUUAACUGACUCAUAUCGCUUGAGGUCAGCAUCAGAAUGAUUUCCACUUCUGGGUCAUCCAGACGCCAUUUUACCUGAUUACUCCAUGAGGUUUUCUAAGCUGAGCUGUGUAAGGAAUUCAGCCACAGGCUUUUUCCGGCCUUCCACAUUCUUUCUUCAAUCUAUCGCUGUGGAUGGUGUCCUAGUGACUCACAAACCGUAAGGUGACUUACCUGUUACGCCAGGCAUCAGUCCCACGGCCCCUUGCACGGGUCAGGUCCUCACUUUAUGGCGGCAUUUUGUCUAAAUCUGUCCUAAAACCAUGGCAUGUUCAUGCAUAUCAUUCGUUUAAAUUCACUUGUUUAUAUCUGUCACUGGCUCAUUUCGAGCAUUAGCAUACUUCCAAACGGGAACACAUUCUGUUUCAAUUGCCUAAACAUACUAGGCAAUUCUGUGCGUGCAUUUCAAAUCUCACUGCUCGAUUCGUUUUGUUUCCCUGACAUACCAGGCUCACGGUUCGUGCAAUUUUCUACCAAACGGGAACUAGUUCAUGCAUUUACUAUUUUACUACACAAACGUUUCGUGCGUUUACAACCCACGAACAGAACUUUGGUUUGUUACAAUGACUGUUAUUAAGCUAUUAUGUUCACUUAUUGUAUAUUGUCAAACGGGCACUGUUUGUUUCCCUGUCAUACAACUAUAAUGCUGGGGAAUAGCUCACGAACAAGGUUUCACAUAAACCACACUGACUCCUACAGGUCACUCUCAAAAUCUCACGUUAACCUUGCAUUUGGAUUAACCCCUUAAGGACCAAACUCUGGAAUAAAAGGGAAUCAUGAUAUGUCACACAUGUCAUGUGUCCUUCAGGUGUUAAAGGGUAUUUUACCAUACAAUCAGCAUUUCUGACCCCUACUGGUCAACAGCAAAACUGUCUUCACAUGUCAUAUACAAUUACCAGCCAAUAUAAAUUACACAUAAGAUUGUUUUAAACAUAACCAUAAAUUAAACUCCAACACGGGCUCAACAUCAGGUUUAAUUCACAAUAAUUUACAUUUCACAUCAAGACUAACAGUGGUUCUAUCAACACUGCCACCUACAGGUCUGUCAAGUACAUUGACAAUUUUCAUGGGGUUUUACAAACACCAAAACACUGACCCCUAUAGGUCAACAGACAACAUUUCACAUACCAAUCAGUAUCAACUACACUGCCACCUAUAGGCACUCGGCAGAUCUCCAGUGCACUUGCAUUUUGCAACACCAUGUUCACUGACCAUUCAAUAAGGCAUACAACAAUUAACAGCAAGCAGUAUAUCAACAUCUGUUAUAAAUACACAUAUUAUUACACAGUAGCACACGCAUCUGUAUUUACGUAACUGGUAAUAUGGUUCACAUACAUACGGCACUUAAUGGGUUAAGAUUGAUACAUAUUUAACCAGUAUGAAUAUGAUGUUUAAUAUAUACAUAUCACAUCACUUUACUUUCACAUAUACUGUAUGUUUGAAGAUAAGCUUUGUCUAUGCCAUAUUUCCUUAUGCCAUACAAUUUUAUCCAUUCAGGUUACAGUUACUACUAAAAAAACCUAUACGGAUUGUCAGGUUCAAUACCAUACUACCAGGUACGUACACCUGCUCAUGUAGUUAUCCAUCUCUUACCUUCCCUGGAAUAGUAAUAGUGUACUGGCAAUUAGGGUUCUAGGGCCCAAUAGGUAUUACCCCCUUUUUUUUCUCUGCAUUAUGCUUCGGUUAGUGGUUCCGCGAGGCCAACACCCCGCCUCACACUCGGAGGCAUACAUCCCUCGGGCCACUCGUGAGCUAGCCGCCUCGCAUUGUAUCAUAGAGAGGGCCUCACCUGUCACUCCCCUUCCUAUUUUCUGGUUACUGUCACCGAGAGGCCAACAUCCUGCCACAACAUUUGGUGGCCACAAAAAAUCCCCUUGCGCCAAGCAUAGAUGGAGCCUCUCAAGCCACUUGGCAAAUAGCAGGGCCUCACCAGUCACCAAAAAACACCAAGCCUAAUCGUUUCGCCUUACGGCUUAGCUAGCAAGCCAGUACAAGACCCCUGGGUACAAAUAAUAAUUGCAAUCUUUAUUGUUAUUUAAGUAUUUCUCAAAAAGAUGGUGAAGAAUCAGCUCUUCCUGGCACCCCGGCUAGAAGUGAUACACCUUCAAGCAGAGGAGAUGUGGCUCCAACCUAAGGAGGCGACAAAUCCCCUACCCUGCCACAGCAAGGAAAGCAGAGUUAUUCAAACUCCUCCAUACAUCAACGAACAACACGGAGGCAGGGGAAGGCCCAGCAACACCAACUCAGGUGACACCCAGGCCAUGCUAGCCUCACUCAUAAACUCAUGAGCCAAAAAAUUUACGACAGACUGGCAAUCUCGAGUCGGUUACAGCCCUCACAAGGCUGGGCCUCAUGCUACUGUACAACCAGCACCAACCGAAACUCGGUUACCUGGUACAACCAAUUCUUGGUACAAGACGUUAACCAUGCACAUAUGAUCCCGGCACAUUGGGGAAACAAGGCAUAUAUAUGUAUGAUGAUGUAUCCAUGAUGGUCAGACCCAGGGAUUCUAGGUAAAUCGGGAACUGACCAUCCCUUGGUUGUGUUGUCAUUUGGAAUAUGUAGAGAUGCUUAUUUGUGCAGGUACCCAUACAGAAGGGAUUUUCUCCCAAACAAACGGACGAGCACUCUCAGGCUCCAGGUACCAGCACCUCUGAACUACCAGAGACAAUUGGUAUUAGUAGUUGCAUUGCAUAUAGACUGUUGCAUAUAUGUUCAAAUCAUUCAGGGCACAUGACAAACCAUGUGUCCCAAUACAACUUACAAAUAACGUACUCACAUCUGUACACACCAAUGCAUUUUCAACAGUACUGACUCCUCAUCCUUCCAGACUUGUAGUAGAUUUACUAAGGCUCUGGAGCUUCAAAGGGCUCCCAUACAUGUAUCAUAAAAAAUAAACCCUCAAGGAAUAUAGCAUGCCCUCACUUAGUCAGCACAACAGAACCGUCGGCUGUAAACACACACAUAACCAAGAUUUGCAGAGGGGUUUUUUACUUGGGUUUUCUAAUCUCCACCAUUUACAGCAUGGCACCAAACACAUUGGUAUUGUCACAAGGGAAUCUUCCCUUAAACAAAGACUAACCAUAGACUCAUUGGCACCACACACCUUCGCUACCCCAAGUCUCAACUUCCUCAUACCCUCCGAGGAGUUUCCUUACUAUACACACCAUUGAUCUACCUUUACAGCUAUCACUCAAGCAUGGGCUGAAGCUUCGUUAAGUAAGACCAAUAUCAUCAACACAGUAAACGGCUACCAUCUACCCUACAAACUGGCACUUACAUGGCAUAAAAUGGGCAAUCCUUUCCCCGCUAAAAGCAGCUGCUGUGGCAUGGAGUAAAUCAUGGUUAGGGUCAUCAAUCCGUUGUUACUCAGACAACUAAGCACAUGUCAUAUCAUCAACAAAUGCCACUCAUCAUCCAUACGAUCAUGGUAUUGCUGGGGAACUCACUUGGUUGGCCACUUACCACAUAUCUUUUACUUUCAUGUACCAGGCGGGGGUAUACAUCCCUGCCGACAAUUGUCUCAUUUAUAUUCCAGGCAUGUUCAUCAUACGCUUCUUACAGCCGCCCAUACAGUCACGGCCACUCUUUCGUUCCAGAGACAAAAUCAUGGAUUAGACAUACUCAUGCAGCAUAGCAUGCACUAUCCCACCUAGCACUUUCAUCCCAUACUUGUAGAACGCAUAACACAGCUAUUCACCUGGCUUUAAAGAAUCUCAUUGGAACACGACAUAGCUCAACCUGUGUCAUAACAUUUCUCUUAGGUUUUGCUUCAUUUUUUGCCACCUUAAACUAAAACCAUCUCACACACCAUUAAUUAUAUAUUUUACAGGCAUUCAACAACAGAGGAUAACCUAUGGCCAAAACUACCAUAACUUCAUGCUACCAUACCAGACAAGAAUAUACUAUACCAUCCCCCCACGUUCCACUCAGAGAUUACCAAUAGCCAUCCAACUUUUCCAUCCUUAUCGGACCUAUUAGAGCUACAACCAUUCAAUUAUACUACCAAGUCGGCCAUUACCAGCCAUGCACCUUUUAUGCCUUUCUCAGGCCAGAGAAUCCACCACUCAGACAGAUCAUUGUCUUCAACGAUCCCACGUAUGUAAACACAUAUAUCAUUACCUAUUGGCUCUACCACAUUCCGAAACAAGUCAACACGCACCAACAGUAGAGAUAACAUACUAUCCUACCCACAGCAAAUGGUGUCCAGUUGCGGUCCUAGAUUCCUACCUUCAAAAUCCUUCAAGGAAUUAAAUACCGUAAUGCAUCUAAGAUAAUGUCUGGUUAAUUUGUAUAUAUUGUUGACUGUAUUAAAUCUUUGAUUAUUCUUUUUGCCCUCUUUAUUUACAGGCCUACCGUAUCGUCGGUCUAGGCACACCACAACCGACUUGCUCCCUUUAUACUAUCCUACACUUAUGCUGGAACCUUACUCCAUAUACGGCUAUUUGCCCCGAACACAAAUAUAUAUGACUGGGGAGGGAGGUGGUGAAGUCUUGGAUCCAGGCAGCAGAAUGUCUUACCCGGCCAAGUGGAGUUGGAAACACAGAAAUCCCAGCAUGCAAACAUGAAUUUCAGGGAGGUGGCUCAAACUUAUUUAGAUUUUCAUAUACAACUGUUUCAUAUAUAAAUAUUUCAUAUAAAGUGAAAGCCCUGUUUCUCCUGAACAAAAUUAUAUAUGUAAGUGCACUUAAUAUGAAAUAGGUAAAUUACGGUUGAAUAGUCAAAUUCCAGGUUUUGAUCAGAACUUGUACAAUUGCCUCUAUCCUUAAGAGGGUUGAAGGAUCACUAUAGUGUCAGGAAAACAAAGCGGUUUUCCCCCUCCCGUGGCGCUUAAGGGGCUAAAACCCCUUCAGCAGCUUACCUUUAUCCAGCGCCGGGGGAGCCCCUCGGCGCUGGUGACCUCUCCUCCACGUCCAACGUCAGCUCCCCCAUCCGAUGUCACUGGAGCCGCAUGCGCAGCAAGUGCUGCGCAUGCAUUCUAAGAGUCCAUAGGAAAGCAUUUCUAAAUGCUUUCCUAAGGACGCUCUGCGCAAUGGAGGCGAAAUUUGUCUCCAGCGUCGCAGAUGCGCCUCUAGUGGCUGUCCGGAAGACAGCCACUAGAGGCUGGAUUAACCCUCAGUGUAAACAUAGCAGUUUCUCUUAAACUGUUAUGUUUACAUGUGAAGGGUUAAAACCUGAGGGACCUGGCACCCAGACCACUUCAUUGAGUGGUCUGGGUGACUAUAGUGUCCCUUUAAAAAGCCUGCAGGGACAAGCUAAGGACACCAGAACAACUACAUUAACAUGCUGACAGAGUGUCUGGUGACAUUAAAGCGGCACUGUCAAUAUGACCCCCAUAAUAGCCUUCUUCCCCUACUUGCUAUGUUAUGAGUAGGGGCAUGUCUACUAAAUAGUGAGCGGCCAGUAGGGUUUUUAAGUUAAAUGGGGGACCUAAUGUCCCCCUUGGCCCCCACCCAUUAGCGGCAGGGGCUAAAAGUAACAAGAGGAGGGGGGACCUAUUGACUCCCCCCCUGGCCCCACCCAAGAGCGGCAGGGGGGGCCCUAAGUAACAAAAGAAGGGAGGACCCUUUUGUCACCUGCCCUCCAACCCCCAACCAAGAGUGGUGGGUAGGAGCCCUAAGUAACAAAAGGGGGGACCUAUUGUCCUCCCCACUUCUGGCUCCCACCCAUGAGUGGCAUGUGGGGGCCCUUGACGACAAAAACGGGGGCCUUUUGCGUCCCCCAGCCCCUACCCAUUGGCGAUGGGUGGGGGCCAAAUGUAAAAAAUCCCCCCCCCCACAGGUGACUAGGGUCCCAAAGCCCCUAGUCACCCCCAUCCCAAUAAAAUUAAACCCUACCUACCCCCUCACCCUAAAAAUAGUUAGGGGAGGACAAAAAAAACUAAAUAUCUGUAAGUAAAAAAAAAAAAAAAAAUCAUACUUACCAUUAGAUGUUUUCUUGUUUCUUAAACAUUCUUUUUUCAGCCCCCAAAAAGACCAAAUAAAAAUCCAUUAUUCCCAUCAAACUCAUAAAAUAAAAUCUGAGCGCAAGAUAAAAAACAUGCCGAGAAAAGAAAAACCUGACUCUAAAACAAGUAAUCCAUUUUCACCCAGGGAGGGCACCGCGCAGACUGAGCUCCGCAGGGCGGAGAAGGGCUUAUAAAGCCUACCCACCCCCUGCAAGUUGACUCAGAGCGCUCUUAUUGGUUGGUUUACACCAACCAAUAAGAGUGCUCUGAUUGCUUUACUUGCAAAGCUCAAAUUUACUUGCAAAGCUCAAAUUUACCUAUCAGACAAGGCUCACUGUUUAGUAGAAAUGCCGCUACUUUUGGCAUAGCAAGUAGGGGCAGAAGGGAGAUUUAAAACUCCCUUAUGUACUAAUACUAAGUAAUCUUUACUUUACUUAGCUUCCUAAUACCCUCGAAUGAAAUUCCAAUGUAGCAGAAAGUACCGAAUUACGUCCUAACAAGAAUGGAGAAAGUAUUUUCAUUCUGUUAGGACGAAAUUUGGUAGUUUCGCCAGUGUCCUGUCUAAAUGACAGGACGUUCGGGAAUAGUGAAGGGAGGCAUCGCAAGAUCACAGAGGGAAAGGGUGAGUAUUGUGGGAAUAUUUAUCUGACCCACUUGAGCUGGUCAAGUGUUGGAAAAAAACAGAAGACAAAGUAGUCCUACUUUGUCUUAUGUUUUAAAGAAAACUAGAUCAGUUAGGAAGAAAAGAAGAACAGAUCCUGAGACAGGGAGAGAAGAAGAAAGGUAAAUUCGGUAUGACAGUGCAGCUUUAAACCAUACACCACUUGCAGUCAGCAUGCUUUAGUAACUUUAGUGCUCUGUUCUUCUCCAUUUAAUCCAGGGCCAUCAUUACCACAUGUUAAAAGGGGUGUCUGCUCUGGUCCAAGCAAACUUCCGGGGUCCACUGAGUCUGCUUUUCGAGCCCUAUAGUUUCUGCCUUUUUAUUCAUAUUCUCACUUGGCAGAGUACAUGAUAUUGUAGUGCUUUACGAUAUUAUUGAUUUUAUUAUUUCUUUCAGUUACCAUUACACCCUUUCCAUGAUGGUAUUGCCCAGAUUCAUUUCUACCAUUCCAACUCGCUUUGUUUCUGCUUCACCCUAUUGGCCAGUUUCCCGAAGAUUCCCUCCUUUCAUCCUAUUGGCCUCUCUUCUAGUCACUCAGACUUUAUUAACCUGUAUUGGCUGGCAGCUGUUUACCACUCCCUUUUAUUCACAGCUACGCCUGUCUGUGCUGGAUCUGCUGCACUGGUAAGAAAAGCUUUAGUUUUAAUCCUUUUAAUGGCAGAGGAGGCCCUUUUGGCAAUCAAAGGGUGGGAUUUUGCUAUUUAAACUAAAUACAAUGUGUAGUUUGUGAUUGGCACCGAUAUGAAAUGUGGUGCAGGCUGUGCUGCCAUGUCUGUAAUGGAAUACUGCAGUCUGUAGUGUACUGCGUAUUGGCAGGGAAUGUUUCCCUCUGCACCUUUGGUUUAAGAGUUUUGGGGACUGAGGAUUGCAGUAAAGGUUAGUUAAUACUCCAGCCGUUGAGACUUCAUCUCCCAUGAAUCUCAGCCAGGCUGGCAUUUUAAGUAGGUGAGUACACAACAACUGGUUUGCCAAAGGUUAGCUAUUCUAUCAUGGAUUGGUAGUGUAGCACAUCUCAUGAGUCUCAACCAUCAGGAGAAAUGUAAACAGCAUCUGGAUUGCCAGCAUUUAGCCACCAGUGCUGCAUAACUACCAAUUUUCCUAUUUUGGAGCUAAGCCUGUAUGUCAUGAUGGAACCAUGGCACUAGGUGGGACCACUAUCUUUAUAUAGCAAACACACACUCUUUAAAAUGUAACAUCUGCAAUUUUUUUUAAAAUGUAUUUAGCACUGCGCAGUGUUUGUAUAUUUUUAAUGUAAGCAUGGUUUUUGUAUGGAGUAUGUGUGAGUGAUGGUAUGGGUGUAUUUGCACGUAAUGGCUUUUGAAUGCAGGCGUGCUUUUUUUUUUUUUUUUUUUUAAGUGUGUGUGUGUGGGGCUUUUUUUUUUUUUUUAAAUAUGGUGUGUUUUUAUGUAGAGUUGACGUUUUGGAUGCAGGGUUGUAGUUGUGUUUAGUGUAGGCGAAAUGCUGAGGUGUGUGUGUGUGUGUGUGUGUGUAUAUACACACACUGGCACACAUACAGAUAGACAAAGGUACACACAUGCAGUUACAUAGAAACACAGUCAUACACAUAGGCAUACAUACUAAUAUUCAGAAACAGAUACAUAGAUACUUAUGUAUAAGUGUAUGUUUGUAUAGUGUAUGCAGUGUGUGUGUGUUGUGUGGAAUAAGUGCUGGGAAGGUGAGCAUUGUGACUUCUCCCCCCCACACUCUUAUCUGUGUCCAGGGAGGGGACAUAGGCUAAAUUCCCUGGUGGUCCUGCAUAGAUGGGCAGUGAAGAGGGGCCCAGAACUCCCCACGCUCGUUUCCCAUCCAGCAGCAGGACCUCUGCUCUUGCGGAUCAAGAGAACAGAGGUCCUGCUACUGCUGGAUGGGAAAUGAGCGUGGAUACUCUUGUAAGCGGCCGGUCCCUUUACAUAAGACACAGGGGCUGUGAAAGUGCGCCCCAGGCACCCUCAUAGUGAGUGGCACCUGGGGCGGACUACCCCCUGCUUAGCACUCACAGUGAAGAGGAGGGGGCCCAGGAGGAGUCUGAUUUUCCACCUCCAGUGGCAGCAGGUCCUCUCCUGUAGUGGUUUGCUAUGGCAACGCCCCAGCAUGUGUUGGAGCUUGCAGCUCACGGGAGGAGAGGAUCUGCUGCUGCUGCUGCUGGAGGUCAAAGAUCAGACUUCUUCUGGGCCCUCCUCUUCAUAAUCCUAAACAGCAAGUGCCACUGAACCACAAGGGAAACUAGUGCCCCUCCCUUCCUGGCCACAUGUAAGAGGUAGGCAGAGCGGAAUAAGCCCAAUUAAUAAUAAAUAAAUAAAUAAAUAAAAAACCUGCUCUCCCUCCCCACCCCAGGACUUAUCCAACUACAGAAGCAUACACUAUACAGACACUGCAUCUACUACAUGCACCACAGACACUGCAUCCUCUACACAGACACUAAUCCCACUACAUAGACAAUGCAUCCACUACACAGACCGCUACACACACUCGAUCAGCUACACAAAUUAUAUGCAUUACUCUGACACUACACACAAGCACUACUCAGACACUGCACAAACACAGACAAUGCAUACAAUACACACACUGUGCAUUCAAUGUACACAUACACACACAAUGCAUUCACUAAAGACACACUGCAUCCACUACACCAGCGGUUCCCCACCUGUGGUACACAUACCAUUAGGGUUACAAAUUAGUUCUGCCUGGGUUAGGUGGGAAAACAAAAAUCGAUAAUGAUGGAUCUACUGCCAACAGGUUGAGGGGGCCCUUCGGGUGGCCAGUUUACUUAAAGGCACCCGAUGGACCUGAUUGGACUGCUGGAAGGAAUUGAGAAGCCGUUACUUUUUUUAAAUUUAUUUUUGAGUGCAAAUGAUUACAAGUGUGCCUGCAGUGCCACAACAGCAUUGACAGGCUUCAUUUAGUUACAUGUUUUGAAACAGUAGUAUGGCAUGAGAAAAACACUGCUCAGUUUUUUAUUAAGUGUUCUUGCAUAGCAAGACCACUUAAUGUUAUCUCACAUAUAUAUUAUUCUUAUUAUAGCCAAAUUUGCCACCCUAACUCCUCCCAGUUUUUACACUACAUAGACAAAAAUUUACCAAAACGUGCAGAUUGUUCCCGAUCGGAUUGCUAUUACUUUGUGGAACGUUUCGCCGAAUGGUUCACGGAAUAUCGUCGUUCUUGUGGCGAAAUAUGUCCCAUAGGAAUGAAUGGCAAAGCUAGAGUGGGAGCUGGCAAAAGCUGAAAAAUCAGGACAUGAUUUCUAAACUGCCACCACUCCCUCAUUUUCAAGCCCACCUACACAAAUCUUAUAUCAAAACGUUCAGCUAUCCCUGCUGCCACUAGAAAUGUCCACGGCUAAGCCAUAGUCCUGAUAGAUUUCACAAUAUGACCAUUUGUUUGCAACUCACGCCUUCCAUUGACAUUCAUUGAAACUUCACUCUGCAAAGCUCAAAUUUGAAGUGCAAUUUCUAAACUGCGACUGUGCCUUCAUUUUUAAUACUUCAGAGACAUACUAUGCAUCAAAAUGUAGGUCUGGGUCUUGUGAUUCUCACAAUAUAAAGCUCUUCGCUGUAGGAUUUAUAGUUUUUAAAAUACGACCGUUUGAAGAUGGCAACCGCCAAAAUACUCUGACCUGUGUCAGGCUGCAGCAGCAAGUGAUGUCAUAGACAGGGCCUUUUGAACACCUGCUAAUGUUUUUAUAAAUGUAUGGUUUAAUGUAACUGUGCAACAGCGUUGCAAUUAAAUGUGCUAUAUAAAUGAUAAGUUUCUCUGCCCACUCCAGUUGUAGACUACUGGUGGAGGCAAGAACACUUCACACAAUUUCCCCAGAAAUUGUAGCUUUUCUAGUAUAACAUGAGAGCUAUGAAAUACAAACAUGGUGGAUGGUUGUACAUAGGAUAGGGAAUUGUCGGAGUGAGCGGUAUUCUGUAUGUGUUUUUUUCUCCCGCGGGGGAUGUACUCGCGGACAGAGCAGCAGGAGCUGUUGUCAUUGGAGUGGGGAGGUCUCAGCGACCCCGGCCUGUUGGUGCGGAAGAGAUCGUGUGUGUGGUGGCUUGGUAAGUAUCAGCAAGUGGACAUUGUAUGGUAUGUGUAGAUACAGGUAGAAAAUGGAUCAGCGCUGUGUGAUGUGGUCAAGUAGGAAGCUGCAGCCUAUAGGUAUGGGGUUCCCUCUAUAGUCCUCAAAAGAGAAAUGACAAAAACAAGAAUAAUAGGUUGCGCUACAAGAAUAUCAAAUAAAAAGAGAUAAAUAUGAAAAACACUUAUAACGUAAAGGAAAGAUAAUAUGUGUAAAAAGAAGGAAAUUUAAUAAAUAUAUAUAACUAAUAUGUAUAAAAGAAGAUAGUCCAAAUUCUUGAUAUACUUUAAAAAGUUCAAAUAACUGAAUGAUAGUGACAGUACUUGGUAUAUUUCUCUUUCAGGUUCCGGUAAGUAUUUGGAAGUAGAAAGUCCAAUAAGAGACUGAAUCUUCUAAUCUUUAGAGGAGUCUUGAUUCAGAGAUGAACAUGGAAAAUAUAAACAACAAAGACGAUCCAAUAGUGUAGACUGUCUGUGAUGAUUAAUAAUGAUAAUAGGUAGGUAGGUAGGUAAUACACUCACCUAUCUUAGAGCAUGAACUUGCUCUGGUAUUUCGGGCGUUCAGUGGCGUUUAUCCCCCACUGGUAGGAUAUAGGUGAAGGUAAUUCCUCGGUAAAAAAGGAGAUAAAAGCAGAAUAUAGUGCUCACUGAAUCAAAAUAAAGUAAAAUGAAAUAAAAGAAUAAAAAUACUCACAUUCGAAUGAGCAGGAUAAACUGCUCAGUAUAUUCGCAUAGGUGGUACAAUCCCCACCAAGGAUUCUUGGUCGUGGGUAGAUUCCAAGUUGGUGAAUGACCAGGUGACAGGAAAUAUUUUUAAAACAAAAAAAAUUUAUUUUAAAAAUCAAAAAAGAAGGUAUAUGGCAAAGUUGUUGUAAAGAAGCCACUAUUCCUUUAUUGAUACAAUAAAAAAUAUAAAAUGUAUGUAAAAUAGCCAAAACGCGUUUCGCCACACAGGGCUUUAUCAACUGGCAGUAAUAAAAAAUCAGCCUGGUACAUAGAUACUUUUAUAAACUAUGCUAAAACAUGCUUAUUUGAAUUUUGGCGCCAAAAUGACAUCAUCCAUACAAAGUGUAAAAAGCAAAAUGAUUCAUUACAUGAAAAUAUUUAAAAAUACAAAAUGCAUAGUAUUUAUAAUUUAAAAUAUAAGGUAAUACAUAAUGAUUAAUAGUAAAACGAGUGUUAUUUGUUGAAAUAAUAAAUUAAAUCGAGAAUCAUGUGAUCGCAAUCUGAUGCUAUCACAUGGUGAACACUGGGGCAGUGUGGGAAGUGUAGUAGCAAGGGAGAGAGCAAGAAUAGAUGGUCACGUGAUCGCGGACCUUCGCGAUCACGUGACUGAUUGCACACAUCGAUAUGGAAUGUGGCCGCUCAGACGGAGGUCGGCAGACUGCAGCACGCCUCCGUCUGACAUCAAUGGUGGGGGCGGUGUAUACCGCAAAAGCUCAUGGGAUAUGUAGUGUUCAGACGGAGGCCGGCAACAAGAGGCACGCCUCCGUCUGACAUCUACAAAAAAGAGGCGGCGCCUAAUGCCGAUCGGGAAUACACCUUGUGAAAAAUAAAAUUAAGUGGCAUAACAGCCAAAAUAAGAGCAAAUAUAAAUAAGACAAAUAUGAGGUAAAAAAAACAGAUUUGGCAAGGCUCGGAAACUUCUCUUAAAUUGUUUUUAGACUUUUUAAACGUUAAUGAUAGAGGCAUAGUUUUAUCUUCAGAUUUUAGCAAAACGUCAGUCAAUUUUUUAGAUUUAAAUAUUUUUAUUCAAGAUGGACGUAUUCAAACUAAGACCUUUUUUAAAGAAGUUUGCACUAAUAAGAUUAUUGAUCAAACUAGUUGCCAUCAUAGACCGUGGUUGGAUGGUAUCCCCAAAAGUCAAUUCCUUCGUCUUCAUCGAAAUUGUUCCCUAACAGCUGAUUUCAAUGCCCAAUCUACCUCAUUGAAAAAUAUGUUUUUAGACAAAAAGUAUGAGGCAGACAAGCUAAAUACAGCCUUAGAGACAGUUAAAACUAAACAAAGAAAGGAGCUCCUUGAAUACAAAGUGAAAAAAGUAGAUCCUCCUCAAUUACCCAUUAUCUUGGAUUUUAACAAUAAAAAUAAAACUUUAAAAAAAAUUCUAAAUAAACAUUGGCAUAUCCUUAAACAAGACGACCUUUUAAAAGACUACAUCCCAGAAAGACCCAAUGUUGUGUUUAGAGGGGCCCCCAAUUUCAGAACCAUCCUCACUAAAAACUAUACAAGAGAGAAUGUACAACAAAAUAAAACUUUCUUAUCUAGACCAAAAGGUUGUUUUAAGUGUAACAAAUGUAUUGUGUGUAGAACGACUAAAGGAAUUACAAAUUCUAAAACUAUUCAUUUUGCCUCCAACAUUACUAAAACCUCUUACACAAUUAAAGAAUAUAUAGGUUGUAAUACCAAAAAUGUGAUAUACUUACUGGAAUGCCCAUGUGGGCUGCAAUAUGUGGGCAUGACUAAAAGAUGCCUUAAAGUGAGAUUAGCAGAACAUUGCCGUAACAUUAGGAGAGGUUAUGAGAAUCACUCAGUUUCCAAGCAUUUUUUAAUACAUAAUAAAGACCCGACACUCCUAAAAGUAACUGGUAUAGAACAAGUUACUCUCUCAUGGAGAGGUGGAGAUAUGGUAAAAACCUUAGGAAAAAGAGAAAUGUACUGGGUUUUUACACUUAAGACUUUUUUUUUUCCUGAAGGCUUGAACGCUGAAUUUGACCUUUUUUAAUUUUUUAUAAAAUAAUCUUUAAUUUUUUUUUUUUUAAUUAUUUUUUUUUUUUUGUGCCCAAAUGGGGCUAUUCUAAAACUGAUUCAGAAAAUGACACAUUUAAAGAAUGCUGAAUACAGGAAAAUCAGUCUUAAUACCAAGGUGUGUGUGCGUGUGUGUGUGUAUGUAUGUAUGUAUGUAUGUAUAUGUAUAUAUAUAUAUAUAUAUAUAUAUAUAUAUAUAUAUAUAUAUAUAUAUAUAUAUAUAUAUAUAUAUAUAUAUAUGCAUGUGCAUUGCUUCUUAAUGAAAUUUCACUUAAUUACAAAUAUUUACCUACAUUGUCACAAAUCCUGCUCCAUAUUCAUAAGAAAAGACAUACACACUUUUUCCUUUAGUCCUAUUAUUCUUCUUUUUUUUUAUUUUUCUACAUACCCAAAAUCUGUUUUUUUUUACCUCAUAUUUGUCUUAUAUACUCAUAUUUGUCUUAUUUAUAUUUGCUCUUAUUUUGGCUGUUAUGCCACUUAAUUUUAUUUUUCACAAGGUGUAUUCCCGAUCGGCAUUAGGCGCCGCCUCUUUUUUGUAGAUGUCAGACGGAGGCGUGCCUCUUGUUGCCGGCCUCCGUCUGAACACUACAUAUCCCAUGAGCUUUUGCGGUAUACACCGCCCCCACCAUUGAUGUCAGACGGAGGCGUGCUGCAGUCUGCCGACCUCCGUCUGAGCGGCCACAUUCCAUAUCGAUGUGUGCAAUCAGUCACGUGAUCGCGAAGGUCCGCGAUCACGUGACCAUCUAUUCUUGCUCUCUCCCUUGCUACUACACUUCCCACACUGCCCCAGUGUUCACCAUGUGAUAGCAUCAGAUUGCGAUCACAUGAUUCUCGAUUUAAUUUAUUAUUUCAACAAAUAACACUCGUUUUACUAUUAAUCAUUAUGUAUUACCUUAUAUUUUAAAUUAUAAAUACUAUGCAUUUUGUAUUUGUAAAUAUUUUCAUGUAAUGAAUCAUUUUGCUUUUUACACAUUGUAUGGAUGACGUCAUUUUGGCGCCAAAAUUCAAAUAAGCAUGUUUUAGCAUAGUUUAUAAAAGUAUCUAUGUACCAGGCUGAUUUUUUAUUACUGCCAGUUGAUAAAGCCCUGUGUGGCGAAACGCGUUUUGGCUAUUUUACAUACAUUUUAUAUUUUUUAUUGUAUCAAUAAAGGAAUAGUGGCUUCUUUACAACAACUUUGCCAUAUACCUUCUUUUUUGAUUUUUAAAAUAAAUUUUUUUUGUUUUAAAAAUAUUUCCUGUCACCUGGUCAUUCACCAACUUGGAAUCUACCCACGACCAAGAAUCCUUGGUGGGGAUUGUACCACCUAUGCGAAUAUACUGAGCAGUUUAUCCUGCUCAUUCGAAUGUGAGUAUUUUUAUUCUUUUAUUUCAUUUUACUUUAUUUUGAUUCAGUGAGCACUAUAUUCUGCUUUUAUCUCCUUUUUUACCGAGGAAUUACCUUCACCUAUAUCCUACCAGUGGGGGAUAAACGCCACUGAAUGCCCGAAAUACCAGAGCAAGUUCAUGCUCUAAGAUAGGUGAGUGUAUUACCUACCUACCUACCUAUUAUCAUUAUUAAUCAUCACAGACAGUCUACACUAUUGGAUCGUCUUUGUUGUUUAUAUUUUCCAUGUUCAUCUCUGAAUCAAGACUCCUCUAAAGAUUAGAAGAUUCAGUCUCUUAUUGGACUUUCUACUUCCAAAUACUUACCGGAACCUGAAAGAGAAAUAUACCAAGUACUGUCACUAUCAUUCAGUUAUUUGAACUUUUUAAAGUAUAUCAAGAAUUUGGACUAUCUUCUUUUAUACAUAUUAGUUAUAUAUAUUUAUUAAAUUUCCUUCUUUUUACACAUAUUAUCUUUCCUUUACGUUAUAAGUGUUUUUCAUAUUUAUCUCUUUUUAUUUGAUAUUCUUGUAGCGCAACCUAUUAUUCUUGUUUUUGUCAUUGUAUGGUAUGUAGUUACCUCAAAUGGAAGUGUAAACUUGAGUAACGCUCAUAAAAAUAACUGUAAACAUUUAGCAAUAUUAGGUGUAGGUGGCCUGGCCCUGCAGACCCGUAGUGGCCAUCCGUAUGCUACAGGGGAGAAAUGUCUCAGACAUUGCUGGGUUCCACUCGUGGGGUUUGGAAGCUGAGCGGGGAUGUUUUUAAGGAGACUUGUGGAAGGUCCAGGGUUGUCAGAUGUGUCUUUGCCUCCUGCAGAUCUGCAAUGGAGUACGUAGCUUCUCUGUGGAGUACCAAGAGCUUGUGGGAUGAGCGCCAUUGAUACUUGAUGUUGUGUGCACGUAGCAGGGACGUAAAGGGUUUGAGGGAUGUUCGCUUAAGCCAUUGUUCCCCUGGAUAGAUCCGUGUAGAAGGUAAGGGCCAUACCCUCAAAAAAACAUGGUGAGUUUCCCCCGAUUGCAGUCCUAACUGCAUCCUUGUCCUGUCGCCUCUGGAAUCUAACGAUUGAGUCCCUGGUUGCUGCAGCUGGUUGCUCCAUAUCUAGAAUGGAGUCUCUUGUAUCUUGACGUUUUGAGCGCGGCGUGAAUCCUCCAAUGCCAUCAGCCUCUGUUCAGUUAUCAGGUGUUGUCGUUGUAUCGACUUCAAUUCCUGUUGUAGCAGAGUGGCUUGUCGUGUGUGGUUGUGGGAGUCCUGCUCCAGGGUCCCCAUGCAGCCUGUCAGGCUUUUGAUAUCUUUCCUGAUAUCAGCCUGGAUGUUCCGUCUGAGGUCCGCCAGCAGUUCUUGCAUGACCGACUUUAUGACUGGGGUUGAGUCCGGUUGCGGUUUGGGCUGUGUUUGUACCAGCGAGGUAGGUAAGCAGGUUUCCUCUGCAUCCGAGGACUGCUCAUCGGAUUCAGCAAAGUCGUUGUCGACAUAAGCAGCCAUGUUGGGCUCCAGAGUGCCGUGUGCCCACUGCCAGAGAUCUCCUAUGCACACACCUGGCUGGGGCUGUUUUGGCUUUUGUUUUUUGUUUUUCCUGCCCAUCUCGUUUGUGCUUAUUAGGGGUGCCCAGCUUGUCUCGCGAUUUGGGGGUAAAAUAGUUAUUUUAGCGAUUUUUAUUUUUUUUUUUUUUAUUUAUUUAUUUAUUUUUUUUUUUGCUUGAUGCUACGGAGCACAUAGAGUGCGACCAGUCUGCUAGGCUACGCCCCUCAACCUGUUACUUUUUUGUGUGCCUGUAUCUGUACAUGGAUUUUUGUGUCGUUGUAUUUGUGUGUUUGUACAUCUGAAUGUGUGUUUGUAUUUAUAUGGGUAUAUAAGUGUUUCUGUAACUGUAUGUGUGUUUGUAUCUUUGUGCCUGUGUGGCGGUGUGUUUGUGUGUCAUUAGUGUGUCUGUGCAUCUGCAUGUGUGUCCAUGUUUGUAUCUGUAUAUACAGUUGUGCUCAAAAGUUUGCAUACCCUUGGAGAAUUGGUAAUAUAUGUACCAUUUUUAAUGAAAACCUGAGUGAGCAGGCAAAACACAAUUCUUUUAUUUCUUAUGGGAUUUAUAUUCAACUGCACGUUAUAACAGAACGACCGAAUCCUAAAACAAAACAUGGCAACAAAGAAAAGAAUGAAAUUACCCCUGUUCAAAAGUCUGCAUACUCUUCGUUCUUAACUCUGUGUAUUGCCCCCUUUAGCAUCAAUUAUAGCGUGCAGUCUUUUGUAAUAGUUGUCUAUGAGGCCCCUAAUUCUUGCAGGUUGUAUAGCUGCCAAUUUGUCUUGGCAAAAUUCCUCCAAGUCAUUUUCAUCUUGCAUAAACCACACAUUUGAGAUCUCCCCAGAGUGGCUCAAAGAUAUUAAGGUCAGGAGACUGUGAUGGCCACUCCAGAUCCUUCGCCUUUUUCUGCUGUAACCACUGGAAUGUCAACUUGGCAUUGUGCUUAGGGUGAUUGCGAUACUAUAAAGUCCUAUAGAUUACCAUGCGCAGCCUUCGUGCAGAAGAAUGCAAAUUGUCUGCCAGUAUUUUCCGAUAACAUGCUGCAUUUAUCUUCCCAUCAAUUUUUACAAGAUGCCCCAUGCCUUUAGAGCUCACACCCCCCUAAAACAUUUGUGAGCCAUGAGGAUGUUUUUUUUUUUUUUGUUUGUUUUGUUUUUUUUUUGCUUCCAAACAUAACGCUUAUGACAUCACAGGCUAUUUACCUAUGGCGGGACUUGACAAAUCCCAGGUGCCAUGGCGACUAGUAAUUGUAUCUGGUAUAUGUCAGUCCAAAGCUGCAAGGGAGAAUGCAGGCAUGUGGGAGAGCGGAGGCGGCCGGCCACCGCUUUGUGAAAUUGAGUCGGGUGGUGAGGGAGCUGUAGUCUCCCUGCUCUGCUACCUCGCGCGCGCCCUAACAGACAGACACACUAAAAGGUGUGCGAGAGGGAGCAGAGCAGAAACAUAACAGCAGCCCCGCUGGACCCCAAGGAAAGCCUAUCCACUCCAGCUCUCCAAAAGGUAGGGAGGCUGGGUGGGUUUCAAUCAAAACAAUUUUUUUUUUUUUUUAAAUCAACUUCUGUGUGAGUGUUCCUGUCUGUGAGUGAGUAUUCGGGUUUAGGUGACCAGUCCCCUGCUGAUUGCACAGGAAAGGUGAUUUUAGUCACCAUUAUUCUCACGCCGUGAAGAUCUCGUCAGACUGGACCCGCCUCCAUUGCUUAGAUCAUCAAUCUUGAUGUUCUCAGCCAAGCCAAUUCUUUCCCAUAGGAAAGCAUUGAGAGGCUAUUGCACAUGCACUAAUCUGCAUCUCCUCAUAGAUCAGGGGUCCUCCAGCUCCAGCCCCCCAGAUGUUGCUGAACUACAACUCCCAUGAUUCUCUGGCAAUCUAUGUAAUUCAAAGAAUCAUGGGAAUUUUAGUCCAGCAACCUCUGGGGGGCCUGAGUUUGAGGACCCCUGUCAGAGAUCAAUGAAUCUCUAUGGGGGAUCAUUCAGCGCCUCUAUGCAGAGUGUGGAGAUACUGAAAAGAGGAAUAGGCAGCACCUCUAGUGGCUGUUUAUGUGAUGGCCACUAGAGUUGUUACUAAGCAGCAAUGUAAACACGGUCUUUUCUCUUAAAAGGUAGUGUUUACAUUGAAAAGCCUGAAGAGAGGCUACAGACACCAGAACCACUACAUUAAACUGCAGUGGUUCUGGUCACUAUAGUGUCCCUUUAAGAAUUGUAUUUAUGUCGCUCAAAAUGAAGCUGUUAGUUAUAAAAAAAAUACUGGCUCCUAACUCCUAAUUUUAGCUGAUUCCAAGCAAAUCUGUCAAGCCCUGACCUUAGGUUAUUUUUAAACUUUUUACAUAGCCAUUUCAUUGCCAAUCUCUGCUAAAUAUUGGAUUAAAAUUGUUUUUUUGUUUUUGUUUUUUCUCUAUUUUCGCAUAUAACACAUAAGGUUUUUUAAUGUUUAUUUCAUGAAGCGGUUGUCUUCUAUUCCUGUACAGAACCCCAUAUUGUGUUCAGCUACAUCUGCUGAGCACGAUACCCCCAUUGUAUGCCUUUGGCACUAUUCUGUUAAGCUACAAUACCAUAUAAGAGACAAGGCUAUUUCAGUUUCUACAGUUAGAAUUAUUUUCAUAGAUGGAUUUGAUGGGGCUAUGUCUUAUUUGGUGGCAUUAUAGCAGUUUGACUGUUCCAAUAACCCCACAAAGAGCUUCCAUUUGAGAAAACAGACACUCAAGGGCAAGCAUGUCAAACUCAAAGUGUGGUACCGGCCACAUAAACAAGCUUCAAGUUUGUCUGACACGCACACAUGCUGACACACUCAUACUCACUGACACUAUUUUGUGAAGUUACAGUGCUGUAAAAGACGUGACAAGUUCAUAUUUUUUUGUUUUUUGUUUUUUUUACAAUCUUUAUUUUUAAUUUUAUGUAGAUCUGUAAUAAGUCAACAUAGGGUAUAACAAGUAUGUAGUGCAAGUGAUACAUUGGGUAUGCGUAACAGCUCAUGUAAAACAACUUCAACAAAACAAUUUUUCUGCCUCUAACCGUCUCUUUGUUGUACUUGAUGCUAUGGUGUUUUUUUAUGUGAGUGGCAAAUUUAGAAGCUCUUUCCUUGGCUUCAUUGGUGGUAAUAGUCUCAUGUAGCUUACAUGGUCUAAUUUUCCCCAUCUCUCUGAAUUAGUGUCAUCAUCUCUGUUGCUAUCUCAAGAGGCUAGUGCUUGCUGAAUGUGCCCAUGAUCUUCUACGCUUUGUGGUCUAUAUGACAGCAUAUUGUUAGCUGUGUCUAUGCCUAUAUGCCAGUGGCACUAAAAUUUAAUUUACUUGGGACAGUGUGUGGGGAAAAUGUAGGGGUGACCCGUCUCGUCCGGUCAGGCGUCCUAGGCUAUACCGGUCUGCUCAUGGCAGCUGUGCCCAUUGGAUGGGUAUCGGGCAGAAAGAGUGUCUCUGCCCUCGUCAUUUCGGUGAUGCAGAUACAGUCCAAUGUAGGCCGACCCUCUCAGUCAGUCAAAACCUGCAUGGCAUAGGGCCAGUUGAGCUCGGGUACUCUACGGACACAUGCCUCCUCUAGUUUAGCGUAUAACCUGUAUGCUCUCUUCUUCGGUGGGUUGCUAUGGGGCAUUCUCCUUUUUUGGGCUAGCCUACCUGGUCGUUAGGUCCACGUUCUCUCUCCCUAGUCAUGUCUGGUUUCCAGACCCCCCCCUCGACUCAGCCCCCUCCCCCCCCCCGCCUUUUAAUGUGGGUAUUCAUGGCAAUGCAUCUCCCGCGUCGCCUCCCGUCCCCAGGGCACCAGUUGCGGAGAGGGGAGUACUUAGGGUGAGGGAAGGGAAGGUAGAUGGGGUGGGAGGGGCGCCAGGCCCAGACUAUCAACCACCCACCCCUGGCCCUUCCGGGUGCCCAGCCCCUCCCCCCACGGCUGCAGAGUCUUGUGUGGCUUUCCUAUCUUCUGGACAGGUAGAGUAUCCAUGGGGUCCAACAUUGCUGGUAUUUGUCUUAGUGUCGCCGUGAGCCUCUCCAUCUCGUGUAUCUCUUCCACUUUGUCCAUCCACUGCUGGAGGGUAGGCACCUGGGGAGACCAUCGAACCGGGACCAUGAGCUUGGCUGCGUUGAAGAGGUGCUUGGUUAAGGAGGAUUUGUAUCGUGAGAGAGGCAUCGGGGUAUGGAGGUUCAUGGUUUUUAAGUGUGAAUUUGCAUAGAUGGUUUUGAUGGGUCUGUGAGUUCAGUCAGUGUUGUACCUCCAGAGCUGUGUCUCGUCCAGUUACUGGGGGGGAAAUGGGUCUCCUGAUACUUGGUAAGGUUCCUAAACGGCUGAAAGAAGCUGUGACAAACUCCCCUUUUCUUGGUUCUUGGUGGGGACUGCUUGCCAGCCUCCUGCCCACAGACUAUGGGCCCUGCAAGGAAACCUGUAAAAGACUACCGAACUUGUCCGACUGUUGGCACUGAUUUACCUGGAACUGUUUUGGGCAUAGGACCAUGUACACAGUCGGUCAAAACUAUGACUUCCAGGAAAUUCCUGAACCGAUCUGGGUGAUUUUUGGAUAUGUUGUUCACCCAGAUCGGGGCUAUUUAUAAUGUUUUAUGUGUGUGGUUUUUUUUUGUUUUUGUUUUUUUUUUAAAGGUACUUUUUGUGGUUUCAUAAAAUUGUAUGGUUUUUCUGUGCUUGGAGAUAAUUCUGUUAGAUUAGUACAUUUCCUGAUUCAAUUAUCUCCCAAGCACAGAGUGGGUGGAUUCUAUUGUUUGUGUACGGGAGUUGUGACGGACUGCCUGGCACUCCGAGCGAGUACCUCCGCCGAUCAAUGCUCCUGUGCUUGCCGAGGACUCAGUGUUGCAGGAGGAAGCCACACACGGAGAAAUGGAAGCAGGUUCGUUCAGGAAGAAAAAGGUCUUUAUUGUUACCGAUCUGGUCGGAGCACAGAUUGCAAAUGCUUUUUAUUAACAAUAACUCCUCCAAUUCAUAGCUCCACUCACACAUACCUGUAGACCAAUCCGUGAACAGUAUAUUCACCUCUUAUGGGCAGACUGCAUGACUCCUUUAAGGACAAAAGAAUUUGAGUACAGUUGAUGCACAUGCUCAGUACAUUGAUGACCGGAUCUUAGCUACAUGUAACUAACAGAUGCAAUAAACACCUGUACUUGUAUAUGCCACAUGGAGAUUUCAGGCCUACUAAAUUUUUAACCAUGUUGAAAUCCCAUCACACAAGCACUCCACCAGACUCGAUAAGUACUACAGACCCCACUUCCAGCGAUGCAGCUGCGCCGGGGUCUCACUGUCCUUCACCCACCCUGGACACAAGACCUGGAUCCGGCUUCCAGUAGGCAGACCUCUCCUACUCCAGGGAGCGUAGCAGGAACAAGCUCUUACAAGAACGUAUACUCAGGGGAGUAUUGUGAUUAUAGCAAUCCCCAAGAGUGUAGUUAUCCCAUCCCCCAAACAUGAGCCAAGACUUCAUGAAGGGGUAAAGCAAGUCUGUUUAAUGCAAGCUAGUGCUUUAUACAGUUUUUUUUUUUUUUUGUCAGAGGCACACCCCCUGGACCUGAGGGAGCACAGGGACACAAGGGAUGUAAACCAAUUAAAACAGUCAUUAACGAUACGACACUCCCACAUACAGUAAACAAUCCCUCCCCUUUGCAGGUGAAAUAAAUAGCUAAAACAACCUAAUUAUCCACAGGCAGAAAAACACACUUUCCCCAAAGUAAAGAAAACACUCAAACGUAACAUAUCCCCAUAAAUAUUAGAUCCCCGGAUAGCCCUGAUCUGGGUGAAUAACCAACAUAUCCAAAAAUUACCCAGAUUAGAGUUAGGGGUUCAGGAAAUUCAUGGAAGUCUCUUAUGACCGACCGCACGCAUGAUUUCAUGCCUAAAUCAGUCCCAGAAAAAUAGGCGGUGAGGGCGGUCUAAGUUCAGUUCAAAUAGCCGAACUGUAACUGUUCAUGCAAAUAGCAAAUGUUAACGUGCCGUUCGACUCCCGUCGAAGUUCCAGAGAAGGUUAAGUUCAGUGGUGUUCGUGCCGUCGCGUGACCUAGUUGAGUUCCAUGAACUCGACGACAACACAGCUGAACACGUUUGACUAAAGAUGGCCGCCGCGUGUUCGACUAUACGAACGGCGACUACCCAGCCGUUCGUCAAUUUGGCUGCGGUUAACUCUCAACCUGGGAGGUAAAUAGGCUGCACACUCUUACGUGUGUGUGUGGUCCGAUUGUUCGGUAGUUCGAAGUUCCAAUUCGAAAGUUUAAAGGGGCAUUGUGCGACGUCCCAAUAUGCACAAAUAGUGUUGUUAAAGGGCAAUACAUCCCAGGGGCUAUAGUCACAGGGCAAGAGGCUGGCAAGCAGGCCCCUCCAAGUACAAGUGGCGAGGUUACUUUCGCCACUUGGAGUGUCUCCUACUAGGUCCACCUGGGUGUCACCCUUGUUGGGGAAACUUGCAUAAAAGGCCAGUGUGCCUCCAUUAAAACCUAUUCCAGCUUACACUAAACUGUGUAAUCCUGUUAUUGGAGUGAAAGAAGACUUACUCCUGUGUCUGCUGUUCCAGCUUGCAGAGGAUUCAACGGGGAAAGUCCUUGUAAGGACUAGAACUAAUUCCUCAUUCAGCUCCAGGAAGGAGCAGUUCAUAGAAACAUAGAAUGUGACAGCAGAUAAUAACCAUUUGGCCCAUCUAGUCUGCCCAACUUUUUUUUUAUUUUUUUAUUUUUUAAAUACUUUCAUUAGUCCCUUACCUUAUUUUAUAGUUCUGAUAGCCUUAUGCAUAUCCCACGCAUGCUUAAACUCCUUUACUGUAUUAACCUCUACCAUAUCAGCUGGAAGGCAUCCACUUCCCUCUAAGUAAAGUAAUACUUGAUAUUAUUUUUAAACCUUUGUCCCUCUAAUUUAAGACUGUCCUCUUGUUGUGGUAGUUUCCAUCUUUAGUGUUGAUUCCCUUUUCUGUAUUUAAAUGUUUCUAUCAAACUGCUUCACUAAGCUAAAGUUGUUCAGGUGAUUAUAGUGUCCAUUUAAAUGUCAGUUGCCACAGCUCUGAACAUUUUUCUAGUUUACCUAAAUCAUUUGCCAUUUGGCCUAUCCCUCCUGGAACAUCAACCCUGUUACAUAUCUUAGUAUCAUCAGCAAAAAGACAUACCUUACCAUGAAGACUUUCUGCAAUAUCACUAAUAAAAAUAUUAAAGCGAAUGGGUCCAAGUACAGAUCCCUGAGGUACCCCACUGCUGAUGAGCCCAUGCUUCGAAUAUACUCCAUUGAUUAAACCCUUCUGUUGCCUCUCACCCAGCCACUGCUUUGCCCAUUCAUCUAUAUUGGAAUUCAAAUUUAAAGAUUGCAAUUUAUUGAUAAGCCUUCUAUGUGCAACAGUGUCAAAAGCCUUACUGAAAUCUAGGUAAGCAAUGUCUACUGCAUCACCCUGAUCUAUUAUUUUAGUUACCCAAUCAAAAAAAUCAAUAAGAUUAGUUUGGCAUGAUCUCCCUGAAGGAAAUCCAUGUGUUUUUAGAUGUUCAACAAUCCUAUCCUUUAACAUGGUUUCCAUUACUUUCCCCACUACUGAAGUAAGGCUUACUGGCCUACAGUUGCCUGACUCCUCCCUACUACCUGUCUUGUGAAUGGGAACAACAUUUGCUAACUUCCAAUCUUCUGGGACUACUCCUAUUAACAAUGAUUGGUUAAAUAAAUCUGUUAAUGGUUUUGUUAGUACACCACUAAGCUUUUAGUAGCUUUGGGUGUAUUCCAUCUGGUCCCAUUGACUUAUUUGUCUUUACUUUUGACAGUUGAAAUAGAACCUCUUCUUCUGUAAAGUCACAUGUAACAAAUGAUUCACUUACAUAUUUCCUAACUGAGGUCCCUUUCCUUCAUUGUCAUCUGUAAAUACUGAAUAAAAAUAUUAAUUGAGGCAGUCAGCUAGACCUUUAUCCUUUUCUAUAUACCUUCCUUCUUUUGUUACUAAUCAUUGUUUUACUUUCCUUUUCUCUUUUAUGUAUCUAAAAAAUGUUUUUAAUCCCGGUAGGGAGUUUAGAAUAUGUGUGCUCCUAGCACAAGCAGCUAUUUUGGUUUUCCAAUUCACAUCAGGAAGAUUAAAGUCACCCAUGAUUAUAACUUCCCCUUCAUUGUCAUUUUAGCUAUCGCUUCUAUUUGUCCUAGGGGCCUAUAAAUCACACCUACACUAGUUACUGUGUGAUUCCCAAAUUCUAACGUAACCCAAACGGACUCUAUGUUCGGCUUACUAACUUUUUUAGGCUAGAUUUUAUGCUAUCCUUCACAUACAGGGCCACCUCUCCCCCUUUCUUGCCUUCCCUGUCUUUUCUAUAUAAAGGGUACCCUGGUAUUGCUAUGUCCCAGUCAUUUUUCUCAUUAUACCAUGUCUUCGUAACUGCGACUAAAUCUACAUUAUCAUUUGCCAUUAUUGCCACAAGUUCAUAGAUCUUAUUCCCUAAGCUGCAAGCAUUUGUAGACUUGACUCUAAGCUUGUAAUUUUUUAACACACUUGCUACAGGCACCUUCUGUCCUUGUUUUGGGGGCACUUGUAUUGAUGUUUUAUCACCCUUUUCCCCCCCUCCCCCCCCUAGUUUAAAUACAUCCUAGCAAAACAUCUGAACUGCUCACUAAGAACAUUUGUUACAUUUUGAGAAAGAUGCAAACCAUCUUUUUUUGUACAGGUUAUUUCCAUUCCAAACAGAGCUACCAUGAUAAAUAAAGCCAAAUCCUUGCUCCCGACACCAUACACCAAGCCACAAAUUAAAGUCCCUAAUGCGCAUCCGCCUGUCGUUCUGAGUGUUCUGUACAGGCAGAACUUCAGAGAAUGACCGUGUGGAAGCAACCUGCUGUAUAUCAUAUGCAAAAACACUAAACUUCUUUUACCUCUGAGACCUCAUUGCAAGCCAAGUAAUUUGUCUCUAGAUGGACAAGUACCUCCAAUUCCCCUUCCUGCUUUGCUCGCUUAACAAUAUUACAAAUACGUCUCCUGUCUCAGUGAGCAGUGGCUCCGGGAAGACAUCCCACAAGACCACCAUUGUCCAUUUCCACACCUCUUAUGACUGAAUCCCCCAACAACAACUGCUUUCUAUUAGGCCUCACCAUAGUCUCCAAGCCUGUGUCCACUACACUUGAUGCCUAAAGCAGUCUAGGAAGCGGUCCUUGGCGGAGAUACCCAGCCAGGGCUACAGGGAGCUCAUUAUAGAAGCGAAUUAGCAGAGGUAACUGGUCGGGUUACCCGUGGUCCCCUACAAUUGGUGGGAUGGUACUUCCCAGCCGAACGUAACCAGCCUUUGUUAAUGGAACAAGCAUGGCGCCCAGCUACAGUGAGGAAGAAUUUUGACAAGAUGCUGUUGGCUUACUAUGGGCCCAACCCCGCUGAGAAAUAUGUACAGCACAUGAGGAAAAUAGUGUCAGAGUACCUCCAGCGCACAGCAGCACUAUCAAGCGAGAGGGCACGGUGCGUCCCAGGGAGAGAAGUGUUGCGUACUUCCUCCCCAGCGGCAGUGUGAAGUCCAGAGAACGGAGACAACCGGUCUCGUUCCCCAGCAAACAGUAUGCUAUUGGGAGACUGCACAGUCUGUCUCCCCAGCAGCGGAGUGAGAUCCAGGGGGAGAUGGAGUAUUUCUCGCUCCCUCCCCAGUAUCCCAAGCAGCGCUAGGGGGAGAGCACAGUCUGGUCUAAUCCGCAGAAGACAGCCACGACCCCAGCAAGGCACAGGAACGGACGCCCCAAAAGGCACCCAUCAUCCUCAGCCAACCAGGAAAAUGUCAGAAACACAGUUGAUGGAAUGAUCGGGGGCACUCUUGUUUGCGUGGAGUUUUUUGCAGGCUCUGAGGCCCCUGUGUACAGGAGCCUGGGCGGGAUGCCUCCCUGGCUAAAGACGCUUUAUGUCUAAGCCACCCUGUACCUAGGAGGUUGCAAAUCCAGCUAGACCCUAAACUCAUGGAACAGUUGCUGUUAUUGGCAUGGCACUCAGACUGUGUGGUCAUGCUGCGGCUGUCGGAUGUGGACAAGGGGGGAGAUGUGUGACGGAACGCUGUCACUGAGUGCCAUGCGCUCGCUGUCUUUUUCUAUGGAGGGAGAUGUGAUUGCCUGUGUAUUUAUUUAUUUUUUGGUGCGGGCCAGAAGCUAGUGGUGCCAUUUUUGGGACUGUUUUACUUGUGUCUGUAUAUGCAGCUGUGGGUCAACAAAGGGGGGCAGGGGGUGAUGCAGCAGCUCUGUAAUGAAUAGUUAAGUGAAAUGUAUUCCUUGUCUGUGCCUCUCCCCCUUCUUUUGUCUGUCACAGCAGGGCAAUGCUACAGGGACACUGCCAGGCCAGUUUGAACUGACUGCUUUGUCCCUCUUCCAUCCCCCAUCAUCUUCUUGGGAUUGAAACCCCUGUUUUGUGCUAAAGACCCAAUGUAGGGGUCUGUGCAUUUAAACAAUGUGUGACGAAAUAAAGAGUAUAGUCCAUGUUGUACUUCCAGAGCUGUCUCGUCCAGUUACUGGGUUGAAAUGGGUCUCCUGAUACUCUGUAUUGUUCCUAAAUGGCUGAAGGAAGCUAAUUAGUGGAGGUAACCGGUCGUGCUACCCAUGGUCCGCUACAUGUGCCGCUGUCAUGAAAUCCCCCCAAAUUAUGCUCCGUUAUAUCUUCUGAGCAAAACAAUUUGCCAAAUGUAUGACCUAGACACUAUUUUGUGAAGUUGCAGUGCUCUAAAAGACGUGACAAGUUCAGGUUUUCAAGUGUGAAUUUUCAUAGAUGGUUUUGAUGAGUCUGUGUUCCAUUUUGAAGCACUUAUUUUUUUAUUUUAUUUUUUAUUAUUUUUUUAAAAGCAGGCUGCAUACUACAUCCAAAUACACCAUAAAGACUUACCAUUUCUUAAAGAAGACCCAGGGUAUUUUCAAGACAUAUUUUGAAUCUUACCUUGGGAUAAUUUUUCCGCUAGCUUGUACCAAGUGUAGUGGUAAUAGGCAUUUUAUUUUUUCCUGCCUUUUUUAACCACACCGUGAGUUUGCACAGUAUAUUUUGCAAAUCUUGUGUUCUACGGCUGUAUAAUUCAUAUGUUGCUUAUCUGUCAUCUGCUGUACAGCAAUACCCCCAUAUGUACCUUUUGUCAUGUGGAUGUUGAAGGGGCACUUUUUGAGACAAAGCCUUUCCAGUUUUAUCAAACUUUGAAUUUGUACCCUGUCUCCAUGUUCCAUUUUGGAGUAGUUUAGCUGGCUGGAUAUUAAAACUACCCCACAAAUGCGUACCAUUUUUUUAUUAAAGAAUAAACCCUGGGUUAUUUAAAAAGGCAUAUUUUGAACCUUCGUGUGGGAUAAUGUUUUAUUACAAAAUUUAUAGUAAAUUAUAUGAGAAUAAUGGUAUCUUCAGAAAGACUAAUAGCGAGAAAACUGUAUAUAAUGUGUGGGUACAGUAAAUGAGUAAGUGGGAAAAUUACAGCUAAACACAAACACCACAGAAAUGUAAAAAGAGCCCUUAACCCCUUAAGGACACAGCUUCAGAAGCUUGACUUACACUUAAUGACACAAGCAAUUUUUGCAUUUUCUUGCUGUUUGCGUUCAACUGCAAUUUGCAACUCUCAUUUAUUGCACCGACACAUAUUAUAUACUGUUUUUUAAAGGACAGAAAGGGCUUUAAUUUGAUAUAACAUAAUAUAUAUAUACUUAUAAAAAAAUACAGAAAAAUGCAAAAAAAAUGCAAAAUGUUUUUUUUUUUUUUUUUUACAGUUUUUGCAAUAAUAAUGUGUGCAUAAUUAGUGCAGGUUAAGGAAAGUAAUUAAAAAUAAAUUUAUUUGUUCUGAUUUACAGAAUAUAUAAUGUGUCUGGGAUUUUAAGUUUUUUUUGGUAGUUACAGGUCACAAAGCACAAGGAGUAAAAUAAACUUUUAAUGUGGAGCGACUUUAGAAUUUGGUAUGUUUGUCUUGUAAGCUUAAUAGCCAUAAAAGAAAACAAAAUUGCCACACAAAAGUAUAUAUUUAUAUAAAGUAGACAUCACGGGCUAUUUACCCAAGGUUGUUUUGACACUUUCUACGUAGCCAUUUCACCGCCAACCUCUGCUAAAUAUUGGAGUAAAAUUGUGUUCUUUUUGGUUUUUGGCACACAAACUUAUAACAGAGAAAUUCUCGUGUAUAUUUUGUAAAGUUGGUGUGUGCUAUUCCUGUACAAAGUUUUAUUUUGUGUUCAGUUACAUCUGCUGAGUAAAAUGACACCCCCAUUGUAUGUCUUUUGCACUAUUUCGUGAAGUUACAGUGCCAUACAGGAUACCUGUCCUUUUCAGUAUUCACAGUAGAAUUUUGAGAGAUGGAUUUAAUGAGCCUUAGCUUCCAUUUUGGGGUAUUAUAACAGUUUGACUGUUCAAAAAACCCCCACAAAGGCCUACCAUUUGUAAAAGUAGACACUUCAGGCUAUCUCAUAAGGUGCAUAUUGUGCCUUAACAUGCCCCCAUUUUUUCACCAAUAUAUGCCAAAGUAUGUGGUAAAAAAUAAUUUUGUGCAUUUUUUACAUACGGAUUGCAUUUUUGCUGGCCGUUUUGUAUAUUUCAUAUGUGCCACUAAGUUCAAACCUCCCAAAUUAUGCUCAGCUAAGUCUUCUGAGUAAAAAGACACCCCCAAUGAAUGUCUUUGGCACUAUUUCGUGAAGCUACAGUGCCAUAUAGGAGACCAAGCCAUAUCCGUUUUUACCAAACUUUUAAUUUUGACGCUGGGCCUAUGUGCAAUUUCCAAGCAUCUUCGCAGGUUUUAAAUUCAAACAACCCCACAAAGGCCUACCAUUUCUUAAAGUAGACACCCCAGGGUGUUUCAAAAGGUAUAGUUUGAACCUUAGCGUGGGAUCAUUUUUCCGCAAGCUUGUACCAGAUGUAGUGGUAAUAAGCGUUUUUUCUGCCUUUUUGACAUACAAAGUGAGUUUGCACAGUAUAUUUUGCAAACCUUAUGUGUGCUACGACUGUAUAAUACUUCAUAUGUUGCUCAGCUAUGUCGGUUGAGUACAGCAAUACCCCCGUAUGUACCUUUGCCAGGUAUGUGUGGACAUCAGAGGGGCACAUUUGGGACACAGCCAUUCCAGUUUUUUUCAAACUUUGAAUUUUUAUGCUGUGCCUAUGUCCCAUUUUAGAGUAUUUUACCAGGCUAUAUAAUCCAAAUUCCCCAUAAAGCCAUACCAUUUCUUAAAGAAGACAUCCCAGGGUAUUUCAAAAGGGCAUAUUUUGAACCUCAGCGUGGGAUCAUUUUUCCGCUAGCUUGUACCAAGUGUAGUGGUAAUAAGCAUUUUUCUGCCUUUUUGACAUACAAAGUGAGUUUGCACAGUAUAUUUUGCAAACCUUAUGUGUGCUACGACUGUAUAAUACUUCAUAUGUUGCUCAGCUAUGUCGGCUGAGUACAGCAAUACCCCCGUAUGUACCUUUGCCAGGUAUAUGUGGAUGUUGAAGGGGCGCAUUUGAGACGCAGCCAGUUUUUUUCUAACUUUGAAGUUUUACGCUGUGUCCAUGUUCCAAUUUGGAGUAGUUUAGACGGUUGGUUAUUGAAACUUCCCCACAAACACAUACUAUUUAUUAAAAAAUACAUCCUGGGGUAAUUCAAAAGGCAUAUUUUGAACCUUGGCGUGGGAUAAUUUUUUCUCUAGUUUGUUCCAGGUGUAGUGGUAAUGAGCGUUUUUAAAAUGUAUUUUUUUACUUUUUAUAACUUUUUUUACUUUUAAAAACUAGUUUUUAAACUUUUGUUUUGCUUAUAAAUUUUUUUAAAACUUUCCUAAACUUUCUUAAAACUUUUUUACAGAUUUAACAUUUUUCUAAGCUUUUUUUUACCGUUAACCCCUAACUAGCAGUACGCAGCACUAACAGUAAAUUCCCCAUUUUCCCAUAACUCCCACCCAACCCAGCUAGCAAAAUAUAUAGUUAUAACAUAUUUAAAUUCAUUAAUUAAAUAAAUUGAACCCCUGAGUGUUAAAAAAAUAAAUAAAAGUUAAUCCUCAGGGGUUAAAAAAAAUUAGAUCACAGUAUAAUACUGUGAUCUCUAUUUGAUCGCUGUAGGCAGUGAUCGACUGGCAGGGAAGGGGUUAAUUUUUAUUUGGACUAGGUAAAGUGUGGUUUUUUGUUUUUAUUACUUAAAUGUUAUUAAAACAUUUUUUAAGCUUAAUUUUUAACUUUUUAAAGUUUCUUUUAAAACUUUUUUUUAACGUUAACCCCUAGUUAGCCUAACGUCAAAUCCCCCAAUUCCCCACUAACUUCCACCUACCCCAGCUAGCUAAAUAUAUAAUUAAAAAAUAAUUUAAUUAAUUAAUUUAAUUAAUUUAACCCCUGAGGGUUAAAAAAAAAAAGAAUUAACCCUCAGGGGUUAAAAAAAAAAUCAGAUCAUAGUAAAAUGUAAUCCCUGCCAAUUGAUCACUGUAGUCAGUGAUCAAUUGGCAGGGAAGGGGUUAAUUUUUUAUUAAAAUGGAUAGGGGGUGGGGGGGGGACUUUAAAUAAACUUUAUUUAUUUUUUUUACAGCAGGGGGCAGGAUCAGCACUGAUCCGUUUCCCUGCACUUCACACAGAACCCGGAAGUGCAGGGAGCCGGUAGGUGAGUAUAGAGAGCACAUGUGCUCGCUCUGACUUGCGGUCAGAGCUAGCACAUGUGCUGGGCAGACUGACCGGGUGCUCCCGGUAUGCCUCUAAUGCAGAGGCAUACCGGGAGCACCAUUAACCCCGCGAUCGCGGCGAUCCGGGGUUAAUUUUACCGCAUGACGGACGAGGUCCGUCACAUGUCGUUAAGGGUCUCCCCUCUGUGACGGACCUCGUCCGUCACCCGUCCUGAAGGGGUUAAGGACACAUGACAUGUGUGACCUGUCAUGAUUCCCUUUUAUUCCAGAAGUUUGGUCCUUAAGGGGUUAAAAGUAUUUCAGAAAGUUCACUAGUGAGGUUGAGGCACAUUUGCACAAAUACAAUUUUUUUUUUUUUUUUUUCCCCAAGAACAAGCUGGACACCAAAAACUUUUUAAAAGAAUUAGAACUAAGAUAAUAUAGAUACUUUAAUAAAUCUGACUGAAAUCAACUAAUACAAGAUGAUAUUUUUUAAAACCUAUCCAACCAGACAAACCCAAUAUUUUUUUUUUUUUUUUAGAGGAGCCCCUAAUUUAACUAUAUAUAUAUAUAUAUAUAUAUAUAUAUAUAUAUAUAUAUAUAUAUAUAUAUUUUUAUCUCCUUUUAUUUUUGACUUUUUUUUUUUUUUAAUAGGGAGCACUGUGUUCUUUUACAUAAAAAUCUACGUGUGUGUGAUUUUUCUGCUUCCAAGCUUGGACACUUAAACAACACCAUUGUGUUCAGAUCCAGACACACCAUCUGCCAAGGCCCUACUGUACCAGCAUAUCCUUAGGCGGUGAUUAAACCACCCAGGCACUAUCAUUUGGAGCUGAACUGUAGCACCACAAAAAUGUGAGUGCAUUUGUGUAUUCUUUUUCACCAGUUUUUAGAAGAUACUGCACUUUAAUGUGCUUUCCCAUCGUCUUCAUUUACAUAUUUACUAUCACCUGUAUUUGAGGACAACCACAAGGCGCUCCAUUUCUACCACAUAGAGAUAUAGAGAUAUAUCUCUAUAUCUCUCUCUAUAUAUCUAAUUUUUUUAUUUUUUUAUUUUAUUUUUUUAAACCAGAAAGCAGGAACUGAUUUGGGAUGUUUCACCUGCUUACCUACACCCUCAUUAUCAUUAAAAAUCCUUUUUAUUCUAUAGUGACUGUUACUCAUUGAGGAUAUUUAUUUAAAAAAAAAAAAAAUAGAUUUUUGUUUUUAAAUGCUGAUCAGUUUUUGAUAUAUGUAAGUUUGACUUUUUGGGUAUUUUGGUGUAAAGCACAAGAGAAUGUGGGAGAGAUGCACAGUGGUGGAUUUCUGGGAGAUGCACAGAAUGUGUGGUGGGAAUGUGGGGAUGCAAAAAGGAAAUUCUCAAAAAUCGUGAAAAUGGAAAAACAUGUAUUCUUAACACUAUAUUGCUAAACUAUUUAACUCCUCAGUCUUUUGAUGAUCUUGGCUAAUCCAGUGCUCUCUCGUAGGAAACCUUUGGGAGGCUAUAGUAGAUAAGCAGCUGAGCUAUUCAGUAUCUCCUCAUUUUCCUUCCUUUUAAAGUUCACACUGUCCAUCUGCUUAAACCCACUCCUUUAAGCCCCACAGUCAUCCUAGGGCAUUCAUUUAUUUUUAUUUUUUUCUCUUCCUGGCAACCCUACAUUUUCCUCCUUUAGAACUACUUCCCUUAUACUUGGGAACUUUAAUAUCCCAAUCAACAACUUUAACUGCCCUGAUGUAUCUUGACUUAUCUCUUCAACCUCCUCAUUUGGUCUCCCACAGUGGUCUAACUCAAAAACUCACACAAUGGGAAACACUCUUGUGCAACUCUUCACCAAUCUAUGUACCGCCUUCACCAGUCUCAGAGAAUCGUCCACUGUCUUGACCUCCUGUGAUUCUCCACUAGCCUCCAAACUCUGUUUUUCGAAUUUUUUUUAAUUUUUUUUUUUAUUUUUUUUUACCUAUCUCAAACCUCACCUGUUCUAGCUUUGCAACCUCCCAUUACAACUCCACCCUCUUAUCUCAACUAGAUAUCAUGGCACCUCUUACAUUGAAAUGCAGAAAGCGACCCCAAUUGCAACCUUGGCAGACCAAGCUGAUCAAGUACAACCAGAACUGCUGAACGCAGUCUGAAUUGUGUGCUCAUUACUCUGAAACCGCUCUGACCAAACUAUCCAAUGAUUUAAUCGCAGCAAAAUCUUGUGGUCAUUAUUCUAUCCUAAUUCUCCAUACACUUUCUGCUGCUUCAACACUGAUCAUUAACAACUUCUCAUUCUCCCAAUCUCAGUCUACGUGAUACUGCUCUCUCCCUGUUCUCUUUCUACUUCUCCAAGCGUUCUUUCAGUGUUUCUUUCUCUGCCUCUUCUACGCAAUACCUCUCUGUUGGUGUUCCCCAAGGUUCUGUCCUUGGUCCCCUGUUCUUGAUCUUCACUGCCUACCUUGGAACACUCAUCAGCUCCUUUUGACUUCCAAUAUAAUUUCUAUGUGGAUGACACUCACAUCUGUCUGUCCCAUUCCGAUCUCUCGCCGUCCCUUUUGACUCCUGUCUGACUGCCUCUGUUAUUUCUAACUGGAUGGCUGCUCACUUCCUUAAAGCGACUCUCCAGUCCAGUGCUGAUGUCCCUCGACGCUGGUUCAGUCCACCCAUGCUCCUCCCCCUGCUGACAUCAUCUGGCGGGCGAGACCUAAUGCACAUGCGUGACAAUGCAUUGAAAAUGCUUUCCUAUGGGUAUUUCAGCGACGCUGGAGGUCCUCACAUAGCGUGAGGACGUCCAGCGAUGCAUAGCACAGAAAAUCCUAAGCAAAACAGAACUUCUUUCCUCCCGUUAGUGCUUCUACUUUCAUAUCUGCACUACCUUCAGCUCUACCCCGCAGGCUCGCUGCCUAGGUGUUCUUUGACCUCUCCUUUACUACUUGUGCAGUCGAUCACCAAAAUCUACCUCAUCCAUCUCAAAAAUAUUGCGUGCAUCCAUAUCUAUAUUAGGUGUUCUCUCUUGCCUUGACUACUAUAAUCCGCUUCUCUGUGUUCUUCCCAACUUGUCACAUUAGUCUAUCGUGAACGCACUCGAGAAGCUCAUCUACCUGUCAGCCCACGCCUCCCCCCCCUCUGUCAAUCUCUGGGUUGGCUUCCCAUGAGAUAUAGAACUCAAUUAAAAUUUCUGGAACCUCCUUACAAAUCGUUAAAUAACAAUGCUCCUAUCUUCCUAUCCUCCCUAAUACACAAGUAUGUCCCGUCUAGGUUUUCUACCCUACACUUGCCUUUUGUGUCACUAUAUCUCUUAUUUGAGCAGGGCCCUCAACCCCAUUCUGUUCUUGUUAGUCCACCCAUUGUAAAGCGCUGUGGAAUUUGUUGUCGCUUUAUUAAAAAGUAAAGAUGCAUUGAAUUAAUGCAUCCCUAUUGGAAAUGUUUAGCAUGUCGAUGCAGGUCAUGUAGACGCUGAAUGCCAGACCUGCACACAGUGCAUCACUGUACUAGGAAGCACCUCUAGAUUUGUUCCUUGGCAGCAAUGUUGAUGCUGCCUUUUCUCUGAUAAGGCAGUGUUUACAUUGAAUAAUCUGCAUGGACAGGCUAUACCAGAAACACUACAUUAACCUGUAAUGGUCCUGGUGACUAUAGUGUUCCUUUAAGACAAGAUUCUCUUAGCAGAGUAAGUAUUUACUCUGCCUACUGUAUACCAAUGUUGUAGGAGGACGCAUUAUUUGUAUUGUAGUAAUCAGAAGCAAUGUAUGAAUCUCAUUGUAAAGCGCUAUGGAUAAUAAGAAUCUAAAAUUCUUUCUAGAAAAUCUGUGGUAAAACUUUUAUAAGACAAUUUUUUUUGCUCAUCUACACAUUUCUAUAGCUUUUUCUGCUUUGGCCUUCUCUGCUAUUCUUAUCUAUAUUUACCGAUGGGUAAAAUGUCAACAUAAGUAAAUUAGCCACUUUCUGAACUAGGCUGAAUGGGAGAAACAAAAACAAAGCGACAAUUUUUUUUAUUUUUUUUUUUUUUUGAGAACAUUACAUUUUAUUAUUGUAUUAUAAAGGUAAAAUAUUUGUGUGAUUUAGAGAAAAAAAAAUACAUUAACUAUAUAUAACUUUGAAAAUCAACUAUAACUAGUGUGAUUUAUUUUAAAUUACUUGAUUUCAUGAAACACAGAGGUGAAAAUUGUGCUUAAUUUUUUUUCUUUAAUCUUCAGAAAAGCAGCAAAGAAAACCAGUGAAAUAAAAAUAAAACAAUGGUGAGAGCACUCAAAAAUAAUAUAAAUUUUACCCAAACUCUGUCAAUCAAUAUAUACAGAGCCACUUAAAAGCUGACUCAAGCUUCAGGCUUGAAAAACAGUGGAAACCAGAACUUCACAUAGGAACUUCCAAGGAUUCUGUAGCUGGUACCCUCUAUUCCAUUCAGGACGCCAGAAUGAAUGUGGUUAUAAAUAAAAAUUUAUUGAAAAUCAAUGGACAGAAUAAAAAAACCUCUUACCUUCAGAGGUUUUUUAUUCUGUCUAUUGAUUUUCAAUACAUUUUUAUUUGUAACCACCUUCAUUCUGGCGUCCUGAAUGGAAUAGAGGGUACCAGCUACAGAAUCCUUGGAAGUUCCUAUGUGAAGUUCUGGUUUCCACUGUUUUUCAAGCCUGAAGCUUGAGUCAGCUUUUAAGUGGCUCUCUAUAUAUUGAUUGACAGAGUUUGGGUAAAAUUUAUAUUUUUGAGUGCUCUCACCAUUGUUUUAUUUUUAUUUCACUUAUUUUAUUUGUGGUGGUGUGGCCCACAUAGGUGACUGUGGCACCAAUUUAUUUUAGGAAUUCUUUACUAUAUUUGUAUUGUAAAGAAAACCAGUAGUUAAAGGGACACUAUAGUCACCAGAACAACUACAGCUUAUUGUACUUGUAAUGGUGAGUAGAAUUGUUCCCUUGCGGCUUUUGUUUAAGAGAAAAGCUACUAGAGGUGGUUCCUGGGGAAGUGCUACCAUUCAGUAUCCCCACCCUCUGCAUGUAGGCUCUUAACUUUCCUUAUAGAGCUGCAUUGAUUCAAUUCAAGAUUUUACUAUAUAAGGGGGUGGCUAGAUGGUUUUAACACUGUGGUCAGGCAUACCUGUUUGUGUUCCUGACCAUAUAAUGUUCAUUUAAUAAUGUCAAUCAACAUAUAGAAACCUUAUUAAUCCAUUUCACAUGUUACUUCAAUAUCAAGCAGAUGGUGAAGAGUAAGGUCAGCAAAGCAGCAGCCACCUCCAGGCAGACAGGAGGCAGUAAUGUGCAAGAAUCAGACUUGCAUCUUUAUCAAGAGGAGUACCUGCAGUUCCUGGGACAAGACACUUUUCUUAGGAAUGAAGAGACAACUGAUACUGAUGCACCUGAUGGUAAGUUGCUAAAUUGAUAUUUGUUGGUCAUUGUACAUUAUCAUAUUUGUUUACUUUUUAACUCCAAUAUGUUUCUUAAACCAAUAGUGCAAGCAACUCAACCCCAAGAAGGCGAAAUGGAGUCCACUGGAUCUGCAGGAGAUUUAAUUUCUUAUGAAUGUAGGAUAGCAGAUCAACCUCCUGUUACGCUGGAGAUGCGUUUCGCCUCUCUCAACUCUCGUAAGUAUUUACAUGGCAUUGCUGAGAGAUUUUAUUUAUAUAUGUAUAUGUGUGUCUCUCCAAGAUAAGGUUACAAACACGGUCUUGAUAAAAUCCAAAGAUACUUUAUUUACAAUAUUAAAACUAGAUUGUUUCCGUCCACCUAUUGGACUUUCCCACGUAUCACCAAAACAAAUAGAUCUAAGCAUACAAAUAAACAAAAUAUAGGUAAAUAAAUUAGAAAACUCAACCUAGUUAAAUGUUGUGCUAGCUUGCUUCCUACUGAGUAAACCAUGCAUGUGCAAGUCUUGCUCUGCCUACCAAACAUGUCAAAGUAGCGUGAUGACAUCGUGCUCAUUGUCAUGGUGAUGUGGGAUGUGGCCGUGUCACCAUGGAAACUAAUAACAAUUCAUGAAGUGUUAUGCAUACGUAUAGGUCAUGCGGAUAUAGUGUAACAUCUAGCCGAGGCUUGGGACCGCCGGCGUCCCACUAAGUAGAAUAUAUAUUUAUAGCACUCGUUUGGCCACGUUAAGUAUUCUAAUGGUCAUGGAUUUUUUGUAUUUGGAUCGGGGAACUGUUGUGUGGUGUAGGAGCAUCGCUGCCGGUUCGGGGGGGUGGGGGGGGUGCGUCCGUGAACUUCUCUAGCAUUUUGUGUAUCCUCUUCCAGUAUGGUUGGAUCAAUGCGCAAUCCCACCAGAUGUGUUUUGUGGUGCUCACAUCUCCAGCAGAGUCUGGAGUGGUCUGGGUUUACGUGAAGAAGGAGAUGUGGUGUCCUAUACCAAUGUGUUAGAAGCUUGUAGGCCGUUUCCUGUGUUUUGCUGUGAGUGGAACAGUGGUGUGUAAGGUAGCAGAUGGUUUCCCAUUCUGCUUCCGUUAGUGUGUUACCUAGGGCUGUUUCCCAUUUUCCCAUGAAUAGUGGUGUCUCGGACGGGGUUUCUGAUUGGAGCAUGGAAUAUAAGAAGGACACUCCAUGCGGGUCUGGGUGUGAGCUGACCACUUCUAUCGUGGUCUGGUCUCUGGCCAGUGCUGGUCCCUGCGGCAGGGAGUGGAUGUAAUUGGUCAGUUGGGCAUGUCGGAAGCGGUGCAUAAAGGUCGGGGGCGUCUCUCCCAUCAAGUCCGUUAGUGUUUUACAUUUCCCACCUUGGAGGAAGUGGUGUAGGCGUGGGGUUCUGUCUGGGAAGAUGUGUUUGAGGGUUCCAGGGUCCAGACCCGGCGGGAAGUCCUCGUUGUGUGUCAGGGGCAGGAGGGGGGAGGGGUACGGUGCCAUAUUCCCUUUCUUUGCGGCCUUCCUCCAAACUCUCAUAGUGUGUCUCGUGUAUAUGGACAUGUCACCUCUAUCGGUUGUGUCUCGGCCCCAGGGAAGCCCCGAGAUCGGUCUGCCUCUUCCACUGUCUUCCAUAGUUUGUGAACUCCGUCUUUAGACCACUCCAUGAUUCUCUGCAGGUGUGUGGCUACGUAGUACUGGUGGAAGUCUGGGAGGGCUAGUCCCCCUUUGUCUUUAGGACGUGUCAGUGUGGAAAAUUUCACUCUGGGCCUCUUCCCGUUCCAUACGUAUUUUUUCUUUUUUUUUCUGAGUGUGUUAAAGAAGGGGCCUGGUAUGACAGUGGGUAUGGCCUGGAAGAGGUAUAAGAGGCGCGGAAGGAAGUUCAUUUUUAUGACCUGCACUCUCCCGAGCCACGAUAUGUGCGGGUAGGACCAUUCCCUCAAGUCUCGUUGGAACGUGUGUAGUAUAGAGGCGAAGUUGUCCCUAUACAGGUCUCUGCUCUGCUUGGUCAGCCAUACCCCUAAGUAUCUAAUUUUUUGUUCGGCCCAUUGAAAGGGGAAGCUGCGUCGUAGCGGGUCCGCGCGUGUGGCGGGGACGCUAACAUUAAGGAUGUAGGAUUUGCCGUAGUUAAUUUUAAGGUUAGAUAUAGCGCCAAAUGUCCGCAGGUCUUUCUGGAUGUUUGGGAGGGUGAUCUCGGGGUUGGUCACCACGAAAAGUAAGUCAUCCGCGUACGCCGCUACCUUGUGGUGUAUUUGGCCUGUCGUCCUGCCCGUUAUGUCUGGGUUGUGGCGGAUGUGUGUGAGGAAUGGUUCCAGGGCGAGAGCGAACAGUAGCGGCGAGAGGGGACAUCCCUGUCGCGUGCCGUUGUGUAUGGUAAAGGUCUCAGUCAGCGCCCCGUUAACUAAUACCUGGGCCGUCGGGGCUCUAUCCAGCGUCGAAUGUGGGGACCCAGCCCCAUGUGGGAUAGCGUCUCGAAGAGGUAGUCCCAGCUCACUCUAUCGAAGGCCUUCUCUGCGUCCGUGGACAACAAGAGGAGGCCUCCGUCCGUGCCCCCACCUCCGUGCAUAAGUGUGAGCGCUCUGAUGGUGUUGUCGCGUGCCUCGCGUCCUGUCACAAAUCCCACCUGGUCGGGGUGGACCAGAGACGGGAUAUGUUUGGUGAGGCGCACCGCCAGGAUCUUGGCUAGUAGCUUAAUGUCGCAGUUGAUUAGCGAUAUUGGUCUGUAAUUCCCGCAAUGCUCUCUGUCUUUGCCGUCCUUGGGUAUGAUGGUAAUAUGGGCUGUCAAGGCUUGGGUAGGGAUGUGGUCUCCUUCUCGUAUCGCGUUAAAUGCUUCCACCAUGUGUGGGUAGAGAUCCUCGGCGUAAGUCUUAUAGUAUUUUACCGGUAAGCCGUCCGGCCCCGGGCUUUUGCCCUGUUUAGUGAGUUUGACUGCUCGCGCUAAUUCCUCAACGGUUAUGGGUUCGUCAACCAGGUCAGCGACUUCUACGUCUAGGGUCGGUAUCGGGUAUUUAGUCAGGUAUUCCUGAAUCGAGCGGCGAAGGUGUGCCUUAGCCAGUUCGGUUGUCGGUUGUGGGAGUUCGUAUAGCUCAGUGUAGUAUGUACGGAUCGCUCUCAUGAUAUCAGUCGGGAGUCGGUGUAGGGACCCCUGUUUGUCUCUGAUCUUGUCGAUGUAUGUGUGCUGUCUCUGUUUCCUCAGCAUCGUAGCGAGGAGCUUACCGCUCUUGUUCCCAUGUAGGGUAAAGAAUGCCUUAUUUCUAAGUGCCUCCCUGUGGUGUUUGGAAUGCAGUAUGGUCGCUAGGUCCCUUCGCAGUUGUAGGAGUCGGGUCUGGUGUGUGGUCUGGGUCGCGUUUGUUUUGUUCGUCCGUUUUGUAUAUGUCAUCUAAUAGGGCGGUCAGUCGGGCUUCGGUUUGUUUUUUUAGUAUUGCCCCCUGUUGGAUAUAGUGACCUCUUAUCACACUUUUGUGUGCCUCCCAGCGUAUCGUCGGCGAUGUCUGCUCCGUCGUGUUGGUGGCAAGGUAUUCUCUGAUUUUAUCGCCUAUAUGGGUCGUGACUCCCGGGUGGGAGAGUAGGUAUUCAUUGAGUCUCCAUUUCGGAGAUGUGGGGCGAAAUAGUGGUGACUUUAUUUUGAGGGAGACAGGGGCAUGGUCCGACCAUGUGGCUGUUCCGAUCUCGACGUCAGUUACCAAUGAAAGGUCGUAGUGUGAGGUGUAUAUGUAGUUGUGCGGGUGGGAAUAGAAAGUGAAGUCUCAGGCGUCUGGCUGGUGGGCCCUCCAGCAGUCGACCAGUCGGUGGUCCCGGAGUAGGGAUUUGAUGCCUUGCAGUUGUUGGUUGGGGAUAUGCGAGGUGCCCGUUGAGGUGUCCCAUGACGGUUCUAAUGCGACAUUAAAGUCCCCCCCCCCAGUAUGACAGUCCCUUCUUUGAACGCCUGGAGCUUGUGGAGUGUUUGUUUGAGGAAGCGGUAGUGUCGUGUGUUUGGGGCGUAUAUAGUUGCGAACGUGUACUGACGGCCUGCUAUUUCCCCCUUGAGGAAUAGGUACCUGCCUUCAUCGUCCGACAAGCAGCCCCCCUCCUGGAACGGCACCCUCUUAUGGAAAAGUAUUGCUGCUCCCCUAGCUUUCCCCCCGUGGUAGUCACUGUAGAAUCCUUGUGUGUAUUGUUGGUUUGUUAGUUUGGGUCUGGCCCCUUUCUGAAAGUGUGUUUCCUGCAACAUGACUAUCGAGGCCCUUUGUUUAUGAAAGUCUCUUAGUGCUGGGGUAGAGAGAGGGAUAAGGUAUCGUGGGAUUCGUGGAGAUGUCCUGUGAUCUCCAGUGGGUGUGUUCCGGUCUCGGGACCGUUAGGUGUAGACGUCGGGGAGUUUCAAUCCACGGUGCCACCAGUGGCUCCCGUGAGUGACUCACCGUCUGAGUGACGUCUCUCCUACUGGGCAGUGGUAGGGUAUAUCGGUGUCGGUCUUCCGUACGGCCAGUCGGGUCCCAUUUCGCCCCUUUUUGGCUCCCGGAUGCUACCUCAAUGGGAUGUGAUGGUCUUCCCCGCCUCGGGGUGUGUUGGCUCGAGAGCCGGCGUGUGUGUGUUGCACAGCAUGUCUGUUCAAGGUACCGUAGUAAGGCAUAAACCGUAACAAUAACAUAUAGAUUAAAUUCACAACAGGUGAUAACAAGCAGUUGACAUUUCUACCAUGGUGCAGGGCUGCGCUUCCACCCCCUCCCCCCUCGCUCCCCUCUCCCUCCGUUGGGUUGCUUAUCUAGCGUGAGCAAACUCGUCCCUUGUUCCUUUACUCUCUGGGUUUGGGGGCACCCUCAUCCGGGGUCAGGGCGAGGGCACUCGUGUCUCUGGAUUCGUUUUAAUCAAUCUGGGUGUGCCCACUCAGGUGGUCGCUUACGUGUCCGUGCCCUCCUUGUCACAUGUUUAGAGCGUGUAGCUGAUCAAUGGGCUAGUCUGGAUUGUGUGGCCUGGUUGCGACCUUACCCUCCAUCCCCACCGUAUCUUAUCAGCAUCCCCGCCCCGGGUGUCCCCCGCCGGUGCCGUCCCCCGCCUGCUCCCCGAGGUUCAUCACAGGGUAGGCGAACGGCGGCGGCCGGGCCCAGCCGGGGGGGUGGCGCCCCCGGUGCUUCUCUGCUGGUGUGGCUGGACGUGUCUCUUGUGGGAGGUGUCCCUGCGGUUGUGUGGCCCAGUGGCGGCCGCUCCCCUCUCCUGCAACCCUUGUGUCCCCACCCCGGGUGUGCCCAGCCGGCACCAUCCCCCGCCUGCUCCCCGAGGUUCAUCGCAGGGCGGGCGGACGGCGGCCGCCGGACCCAGCCGGGGGGGCGGACACUCUAUAUUCUCCUAACCCUAUAUAUGUGGACCAGAUGUCCCUCGUUACCCUUGCACCUUGCGUUAUCAUAAAAAGGUUAAAUUAGGCCACAGGGCUCCGCGUGGCCCGGCUCCUGUGUCCCAGGUACGCCCCCUGGUGCUUCUCUGCUUAUGUGGCUGGGUGUGUCUCCCGUGGGAGGUAUACUUGCGGUUCGGAUGGGUCAGCGCAUUGUGUCCACAGUCUCUGGAUCUGGAAAUCGGGUAUGGAGGUGUGUGUCUGGUCCACGGGUGGGUCGAGGUGAGGCCCAGGAUGGAAGGUAGGUGGUGCGCAGUCCUUUUAUAUGUUGGCGCCCGUGGGGCGCGUGGUCUGCUGUCUAGUUAUUCGUGGGCUGUUGCGACUGGCGGUGUGCUUCGGGUGAAAACUCGUAGAAGGACAUCGGGUCCGGCCAGGUCAGCUGUAUGUGCGGUAGUUGUAGUUCCCGGGCAAUGUCCCUCAUAUCGCCGUCGUUCUUCACUGCGAAGGAGCUGGUGCUUGUGGUGACCUGUAUGCCAGUGGGGAAGUUCCACCGAUAUCUGAUCUUGUUGGCUUGUAGUGUGCGUGUAAAAGGGCGCAAUGCCCGUCGGUACGCCAGGGUCACUGGAGAUAGGUCCGGGUAUAGUUGUAGUUCCGCGCCAUGAUGAAGGAUUUGUUGUUUCUCCCUAGCGCUCUUCAGGAUGUCUUCCUUCACUUGAAAGUGUAGUAAACAGCAUAUCACGUCCCUUGGGGGGGACUCCGGAGGGCCUCUGGGUCUGAGGGCUCUGUGUGCCCUAACGAAAUCAAUAGGCGUCGUGUUCGGCCGCUGUAGGAGGGAGUUGAAGAUUUCCGUGAGGGAAUCUCGUAUUGGGGUUGUCUGGUCAAGUUCCUCAGGCAGGCCCCGAAUUCUGAUAUUCUGCCGCCUCCCCCUAUUAUCGAGGUCUUCCACGUGGAGGGCCAUUUGGUGCAGUUGUAGCGUCUGCCGCUGUAUUACGUUUGCGGUGGCGUUUUGUGCAGAUGUCACAUGGUUACAGUCUGCCUCCAACAAUGCUAGCUUAUGGUGUAGCCCCUGCAUGUCCUCCCUCAAGGCAUGGAGUUCCCCUGUUAUGGACUUGUGGAGGGCGGCAUUUGCCUCUUUAAGGUCAGCUUUCGUGGGUAGGUUGCUCAAUAGGGAUGCCCAGUCCAGCUGGGAUGGGGGUAGGUCAGGUGUAAGUAGUACCUGUUCGUGAUGUCUGCUGCCUGGUGAGGGCGGGUGGGCCAGGCCCGAGGCCUCCGAGUCACUGGAGGCCUGAGAGACGUGAUCCGCUUGGGUCAGGAGGUAUUGUCUCAUGCCCGGCGUCUGGGACCCCCUGGGAGUGUUGGCUGCCGCUUGCUGUUGCCGGUUUGUUUUGCCCAUUUUGCUGUGUGUGGGGCUAGUGAGGCGGGUGAUAGUGCAGAGCCUGCAGGGAGCUUCGGGUUCACGCCGCCAUUCCGAUCGGCGUCCAAGCCACGCCCCCCCCAGACUAUAAUUUUAAUGGUAGGUGUAUUUUAACAGUGAGACAAAAUAAUAAACAAAGAAAAUCCAGAAAAACGCAUGUCAAAGUUAUAAAAUUGAUUUGCAUGUCAAUGAGUGAAAUAAAUAUUUGAUCCUUUCAUAUUAGUACUUGGUGGCAAAACCCUUGUUACCAAUCACAGAGGUCAGACAUUUCUUGUAGUUGGCCACCAGGUUUGCACACAUCCCAGGAGCGAUUUUGUCCCACUCCUCUUUGCAGAUCCUCUCCAAGACAUUAAGAUUUCAAGGCUGAAGUUUGGCAACUCGACCCUUCAGCUCCCUCCACAGAUUUUCUAUAAGAUUAAGGUCUGGAAACUGGCUAUUCCACUCCAGGACCUAAAUGUGCUUCUUCUUGAGCCACUCCUUUGUUGCCUUGGCUGUUUGUUUUGGGUCAUUGUCAUGCUGGAAUACCCAUCCACAACCCGUUUUUAAUGCCCUGGCUAAGGGAAGGAGGUUCUCAUCCAAGAUUUGCCAGCAGUUGGCCUGUCCCCUUGGCAGAAAAACACCACCAAAGCAUAAUGUUUCCAUCUCCAUGUGUGACAGUGGGGAUGGUGUUUUUGGGGUUAUAGGCCGCAUUCCUCCUCCUCCAAACGUGGUGAGUUUAAAUGAUACCAAAGAGCUCAAUUUUGGUCUUAUCUGACCACAACACUUUCACCCAGUUCACCUCUGAAUCAUUCAGAUGUUCACUGGCAAACUUCAGACAGGCCUGUAUAUGUGCUUUCUUGAGCAGGGGGACCUUGCAGGCGCUGCAGGAUUUCAGUCAUUCAUGGCGUAGUGUUUUACCAAUUAUUUUCUUGGUGACUAUGGUCCCAGCUGCCUUGAGAUUAUUACCAAGAUCCUCCUGUGUAGUUCUGGGCUGAUUCCUCACCGUUCUCAUGAUCAUUGAAACUCUACAAGGUGAGAUCAUGCAUGGAGCACCAGACCGAGGGAGACUGACCAUUAUUUUGUGUUUCGUCCAUUUGCGAAUAAUUGCACCAACUGUGGUCACCUUCUCACCAAGCUGCUUGGCGAUGGUCUUGUUGCCCAUUCCAGCCUUGAUUAGGUCUACAAUCUUGUCUCUGACUUUCUUGGACAGCUCUUUGGUCUUGGCCAUGGUGGAGGGUUUGGAAUCUGAUUGCUUCUGAGGACAGGUUUCUUUUUAUACAGGUAACGAACUGAGAUAGGAGCACUCAUUUUAAGAGAGUGCUCCUAAUCUCAGCGCGUUACCAGUAUAAAAGACACCUGGGAGUCAAAUCUUGCUGAUAGGGGAUCAAAUACUUAUUGCACUCAUUGACAUUUAAAUCAGUUGAUGAUAAUUUUAUUUUCUUUCAACAUGCAUUUUUCUGGAUUUUUUUAGUUUGAUGUUAUUCUGUCUCUCACUGUCAAAAUACACCUACCAUUAAAAUUAUAGACUGAUCAUUUAUUUGUCAGUGGACAAACUAUCAAAAUCAGCAGGGGAUCAAAUACUUAUUUCCCUGUGUGUGUGUGUGUACGGCACAUUUAGAGGACGUAUGAAAUAAUAAGAAAGAAACAAAAUGUAGUAAGAGCAAAGUCAGUUGAGGUGUGACAAAACUGACAUGAGGUUAGACCUGUAAAAGAGGGCAAAAAUAUAAGAAGCGAUUCUUUAAGUCAGAUACAUUUAUUUAAGCAUUACAUUACUUAGAAAUUUCACGGAAAGCCAAUCUUAUUUUUUUUUUUUUCUCAGGAUUAGGGAUGUAUCUGUUGUAUGCGGAUGAUUUCCACCGACCUAUAUUUUUAAUAUGUGUUUGUACGUGAUUUCCGGAGGCAGAUGUGGCUGCUCCAAUACGGAAUGAAUGUAGGUUAUGUCCUAGCUGUAGUAAUAACGUACGAAUGUAAAGUAUGAAUUGUUUGGUGGUUAGGGGUUUGCCUUGAAUGGCCAAUAGUGGGGAAUCGGGGUUGGAAGUGAGUUGGUAUUCCACUAGUUUAUCCAAAAUGUGGAUUGGACACCAUUUGGUAGAGGUAGGAUAAUAUUUUAAUCUCUAUUGGUGGACAAGUUUGGCUCGUUUUGGUAUGGGUAAUUCACAAAAUGUAGUGGUCCUGUUUUUUUUUUUUUAAUUAGGUGUUUUUGCUGAAGGCAUGACUUAAAGUCGGACGCCUUUUCUACAGAGCAUUCUUUAGGUCCUAAACCAUAGAAGGCUAUGUAAGCCGCGGACUUAAUAAUUAUAUUUGUUCAAAAGGGGACUUGACAAGUACAUCAGAGAUACUCCUAAACUGUGUACUGUCUAUGGGAAGUCUCUUAAUGGGAUUAUGUACUGUUAGUCUCUGAACACCUUUAAGGACUUUUUUUUUUUUUUUUUUUUUGGGUAGGAGGCUAGAAAUGGAGUUUUGUUGAGAUAACUGGUUAACAUGUAGUGUUGUAUGCCUGUUAAGUAAAGUUUGAUUGUAUUGUAAGCUAAUUUAAGAGACAUGUGGCAAAAAGUUGUAAAAUGCUACCAUGGUUUCUACGGAAAAAACAUUUAUUGCACAAUAAUCACGAACAAACCUUUUAAAUAUAAUGUAUGUCUGUCUGUCCUUCCUCAACAAUUUCAUAAUGGUAAGGGACUGAGGGCGGCCUUUGUUAAUAUCACAUGCCGCCACGUUAUCUGAGCAGCACCUGACCGACUGCGCACUCCAUUCCUUACCCCACAUGUGUGCAGCAACUGCAAUUAGGAAGACUUUUUCAAUAGUGCUGAGGUGGUAUUGAAGUUCACUAGUGUGGUAGUCUCUAGUGGCCAAGAGUCGUACACCAUUCGUUUCCAAAAUAGCUGCGUAGCCUAUUGUAUCUGAUGCGUCAGUCCAAACUACCGGGGAGUCGUCAAAUAGGGGGGACGGGGACGGGGACGAAUAGUGACCUACCAUUUCAAGAUGACAGAAAUAGAUGCCACAUUUUAAGAUCUGCUCUAGCUGGUAUGUCUAAGAGGGUUGUGGAGUCGUUGUCAGGGAGCCCAUGAAGGAGAGAGAAAAUUCUAGAAAUGAAAAAUCUCCCCUGUGAUAUUCUCAAAAUUAAGUGACCAGAGUAGUGACUGUAGCUGUUUCCUGGUGCAAGAGCCUUGUGAUGUGCAGAUGUUGGUGUAAGAGAGAAUUCUGUCUUUCUCUUGGGGAAGGCUGGCAGGCAUAGACACGGAAUUAAGUGUAAUACCCAGGAAAGUAAUCUUGGUUUUGGGACCUCCUGUUUUUGUCUGGGGCAACAGGGACUCCUAGAUCUUUGAAUAGAGAGAGCAUGUGACGUAGGCUGGCUGCUUGGUGUGGUUCGAUGGUGAGCAAGUCGUCUAAAUAGUGGAUGACUACUGGACAUCUGCACUUGUUAAGUAGGAGCCAGGUUAAAGUCUCGGCGAAGAUAUCAAAUAUCUUUGGGCUACUCUUGGAGUUGAAAGUUAGCCUGGUCGCGAAAUAAUUUAAACGCAUUAGUAAUGUCGGUUAUACUUAACCAUGCAGCUUUACCGGAAUGAAUGAUGACUUGUAUGGCGUCUUCAAUCCUAGUGUAUUGAAGGAAGAAAUCUUCUGACGCAAUUAGUGCAUUCAAGCUAGGUGUAGUGGAAGAGUGAGGUGCCAAAAAGUCAAUUAUAAACCUCUUUUUAUUAUUAAAUUUCCCUGCAGCUAUGCCCAGAGGGUUUGUUCUCCAGAAGGUGACAGGCCCUAUCAUGAAGCCGUUGUUAAUUUCUUUGAGUAGGAGUUCAUGUAUGCUACUGUGGUCUGUGAGUGCUGACUGUAGGUUGGGGCAUUCAAAAAUACCCGUGGGGAAAGUAACAAAACCUGUGUAAAAGCAGAUGUGAGGAAUUCUACCACAUGUAAAGAAGGAUAAUUAGACUGGCAGCGUUGCAACGUUUAUUGGAGUGGAGGAUCUUUUAGGGUACAGACUGGGCACAUUGUUUUAGCGUGCACCCUGUAACAAAGUGAGCACACUACAACCACCGGCAUUGAAAUUAUUACAGACUGCUUUACCCAAAAAAACAAUUGGCCUGCCUUGUUUCUCUCUCAACUCUGUAGUAUUGGAUUGAUACUUCAGGUUGGCGUUACUGGUAGUGGGAACUGCUGUGUUGUCAGGACAAAAGUUGACUGUGUGGGCUGCUGAAGAGCAUAUGGCGCAAAAUACCUAAGAAACAGUUCGGUGUCUAACUGACCCCAGUCGGUGUCCGUAUUGUAUUAUAUUAGGUGAGUGAAGCGGCUUACCUGGAAGCAAAUGAUUUGUGAUAAUUCUAAAAGGCAUAGCUUCCGUACUUGUAUGCCAGGUCAAUGAUUUUAUGGAGGUAUAAGUAACGUUGCUCUCUACGGAGGGGAAAGACAUGUACAGAUAACGUCUCUGUAUAGACCAAAGGCCAGGACAAACUCAGGGAUGUUAAAGGACCACUCUAGGCACCCAGACCACUUCAGCUUAAUGAAGUGGUCUGGGUGCCAGGUCCAUCUAGGAUUAACCCUUUCUGCUGUAAUCAUAGCAGUUUCAGAGAAACUGCUAGGUUUACAAAUGGGUUAAUCCAGCCUCUAGUGGCUGUCUAAUUGACAGCCGCUAGAGGCGCAUCCGCGCUUCUCACUGUGAUUUUCACAUUGAGAAGACUCCAGCGUCCAUAAGAAAGCAUUGAGAAUGCUUUCCUAUGAGACUGGCUUGCUGAAUGCGCAUUCAGCCAAUGACUGGGAAAGGGGGGGGAGGAGGGAGAGGGAGAGUCCCCAGCGCCCUGGGAGCCCGGUGCUGGAAAAAGGUAAUCCAGAGGGUGAGGGGGAACCAAGGACCAGAGGGUGAUGGGGAACCAAGGACCCUAUACAGCCAGGAAAACAAGUGUUUUCCUGGCACUAUAGUGGUCCUUUAAGCUUCCUGUUCAGUCUAGGGUCUCUGGACUUCAUAACUACUGAUAGGUCAUCGAACGUAUAUGAUCUGUUUUCAAUCACGUCUUGAGAAGCUAUCAGUAGUGAAGCCACGUUAAUGUCUUUCCCUUCUAUAAUGUUACGCUUCAGGUUUUGUGGAAUGAGGUGGAUAGGGUUAAUAAUGUUGGUAGUUUUAGUGGGUACAGGGUUCUUGUUACCUCCUGGGUUGGGCUCAGGCUGGGUUAUGGGAACUGGAACCUCCAGAAUGAUAGGAGUACUAUUAGAUUCCAGAUUAUCUAGCCAGUUAUUAAUAGUGGCUAUGGAAGACACAAGGGAGGCCAUCAUGAUGUGCAGUUCUGAUAGGCUGUUUUGCACGUUAAACUCAGAACUAGGGCCAGGCCUUUCAUCGUCCUCCUGAGUGUUUAGCAACUGAAAGUUCAGCUUUCCUGGCUGUGGCCUGGUAGGGUAUGUUCCGUGGUGACUUUUGGAAUCGUCCAGGACCUAUAGUUGGACGCUGGGCUUGCAGGUAUAGCAUGCCUUCUCUGUGUGCCUUAUCUGAUCGUGGUGACAGGUCAUUUCCUUGUAUGGAAGUUUUAGACAUGCUAAGGGUGUGAGGCAGGUAGCUUAGGUUAGUAUGGAAUUGUGUGGAUCUGCAGUAACCCAGAUUGCUAGAUUAGUGCCCUGAGGCAAAAUUGUAUUAACUUACUAAUAUUGGUGACCAGUGACGCCCUGACUACUUGCCAAGUGGCUUUGAGAGGCUCUACCUAUGAUUUGGCUCGUGGGGCCUUAUUGCCACUGAGGUGGGUGGCGGGGUGUUGGCCACUCAGUGACACUAUUAAGAUGCAUUAUCGAUUUUGGCUGUGAUGAGUGAGGCCCUAACUAUGAUUAGAUGCAAGGCUAUAGCUAUGCGUUGGGCCGUUUGGGCUUGGACCUCUGAACGGAGCGGUAAUCGGCCUUGCAGGAACACUACCUCGACGAAGAGGCCUAUGGGAAUAUACCUAAUUGGCGAGGGUUUAUUAUAACUGUGAUCAAUCUAGCGGGGUAUUGUAGUUCGACAUACCUGUUUUAUUAUCCUGUAUGACUUGUUCGGAAAUGUGUAAGAAAAGACCCCUACUUGAACUUAAAACAAGUCAUGAUAAUUGAGUUACAACCUAACCCCCAGGAAAUUGGUCAUAGAAAUUAUACUGCUGGGCCUGACAGAUACUAACCGUAUAUAACUUGAAAGAUUUAUGAGGAUUGCUUGUCCUGGCAUGGCGAUUGUUGUUCAACUAGUGGUUGGGAAACGUGUCUUAUUUAAUACAUGUUCUGGUUACCAGAAAGUAAUACAUAACAAUGUAAUUAGGUAUGAAAUUUAGGGGCCUACCUCUAUAACCUUGCAGUUGAAAUAACCAAGAAGGCCCCUCUGCAACCAAUGUGAGUAAUCUUAAACCUGGAAACAGAACUGCAUUAAUUGACAUUCAUAUGUAAUGAAAAUUGCAUUGUAUAACAGAAGUGCAUUAGAAGAGUAUGCUAUAAUGUUUAGAACUGUAUAAGAAAGCACUUGAGCAUAGAGCGGUGACCUAAAAAUGCUAAUUAACAUGCUUUAACUCCUAUGUAAAAUACACAUACUAUGGUUUUAAGAACCGUUAUAACACAUAAAUACUAUGCAGUUUGUUUAGUGAAUAAUAGCAACAUAGGAAAUUUAAACAUGAGGCAAAUGGAACCAUACGAAUUUCAAACACGAAAUGCAGUACUAAUGAGAACAAGGCUGUGAUCGGCUGAACAAACGAAUUGAACACUCAUUGCCUUAUGCAAGCGUAUAGUAAGAGGUGGUGAAAUGUACGAUAGAUUGCACGAAAGCGGGUCUAUAUGAAAGGUAACAGUGUAUGUAUAAACGUUUAUGUAUGAUAUUUUUUAUACGAAUUGGAACGUGAGCGCUUACGAAAGGACUGCACGAAACGCGUGUUUUACACGAAAGGUAGCAACGUACGAAUGAAUUGUAACAAUGUAUUUUAGCUGAACAGGUUUUAAUAGAUACUGAAGAAUUGGUUCUAUGUGAGGAAAAUGAAAGUUUAUACGAAUGCCCAUUUAUUUUAAGUGCCGUGGUAACCGAACAGAAAAUUAAAUGAACGUGUGGUCUAGUGAAAGUACAGGGGUGUGUUCGUAUGGAAAGAGUAUAACUUACAGUUAGCCGUUCGUGCACUGGCUUUCUAGUUAUACUCACGAAUACAGAACUGAGAGGUUUUUUUUUCAACAAACUGCCGGCGGGCGGGAAAAUGACGUCAAGCCAUAAGACUUGCUCUUCCCACAGACAUCACACAUCUGCAGUGAUGUUACUACUGCAAAGGAUUCUGGGUUGGCAUAUGCAAAUUAGUUUAACAAAGAAUCACAUUUUUUGCCUCAUUCCAUUUUAAACAUAGAUUCCUUUUUGAGUUUGUGUUUGCUGUAUUCAAUCGCUUUGAAACACAACUUGGGAAAAGAUGCAAAGCCAGUGAACCACUCAUGGGCAGCUGUUUCAUUUUUAAUGCAAAUUGUCAGCCUGAGGUUGGUUACUGGUUUGCUUAUUGAGGCUGCUGUAUACAGCAAACAGACUCAAAGGAAUCCAUGUUUAAAAUGGAACAAGGCAAAAAUGUGAUUCUUUGUUAAAGUAAACUGCAUAUGCCAACCCAGAAUCCUUUGCGGUAGUAACAUCACUGCAGAUUUGUGAUUUCUGUGGGAAAAGGAAGUCUUAUGGCUUGACUGGUGUGCAUAUUUUUGUUUAACAUUGUAUUAACUAUCCACACUUCAGGUGGAAGGUGUUUUCAAUCACAACUUUUUGCCCCACUAUAAUUUUUUUUUUUUUUUUAUAAUUAUGGGUUAACUAUGUCCUGAUGAAAGUUCUUAUAAAGAGCUGAAAUGUCAAAUUUGUAUGUAUACAGAAAAAUAUAUAUAUAUAUAUAUAUAUAUAUAUAUAUAUAUAUAUAUAUAUAUAUAUAUAUAUAUAUAUAUAUAUAUAUAUAUAUAUAUAUAUAUAAUUUAUUUAAUUACAUUACAAUACACACACUUGUGAUUGCACUCUACAUGAAGUUAAUUUAUCACAUACAUGUUUCAGACCAUCGGCAUCUCGUCGGUUCUUCACCAUGUCCGACUGGAGGGUUUUCCCACCAACAACCAGCCACUGAUGUAGAGGAAAAGGGAUCCACUGCUGAGGGUAAGUAACACAUGCUUUAAGUCAUCUAUUGUAGCAUGCAUAUGUCAUAAAACCGGUAAGUCAUAGUAGGUUUUUAGACCAGCCAUAUGCUGCUUUCAUUAGAAGUUGUAUUAUGUAAUAUAUAUAUAUAUAUAUAUAUAUAUAUAUAUAUAUAUAUAUAUAUAUAUAUAUAUAUAUAUAUAUAUAUAUAUAUAUAUAUAUAUAUAUAUUAAAUAAGUUAUUGCAAUAGAGCUGUAAUGGUAAUAGCCUAGGAAUGAGUAAUCUAUAAUAUCACUACAUAUCUUAUUUACAAGUUUUAAUAAUGUUGUAGUUGUUCAGAUAAUUAGUUUAAAAAAUGUUUGCUUUGACAUAAAUAAAUGUAUUUAGAACAAGACCAAAAUAGAAUUGCAAACAUAUUUGACGGAUGCUUACAAUGUUCUCCCAUAUAGGCUCUGAUGGUACACUGCCAUUGGAGGAAGCAGAGAAGGGUAUCAUCACACUCCCAGAAAUGGAUCCCGGUUCUAUGGAGGUGCAAAUGACACCAGAGGCUGUUGACACACCACAUGUUCCUACACACAUGGUAAUGCUGUGUGAGGCUCUCAAGGCUCGCCAAGCAGUACUGGAGAGGUCCAUACAGCAGGAUAGGGAGAGAAAGAAUGAACUGUUAGGGAAUGUAAUUACAGAGGUACGCUCCAUGUCUAAUGUUUUAAGUGAGGGUGUUAGGCAAUUCUCAGCAUCAAUAGUCUCCUUAGAAAGACAUGGGCAGCGCUUCAUGGAGAUGAGGGAGGAAAAGUACAUUUUAAUGCGUGCCCAAGCUGCCCACAAUUUGGGCAUGACCAUUGAUGUUGUGGAUGACAUAAUUCGAAAACGACGUGCUCAGGAUUUUCAAAGAAGGGAGGAUGAUGAAUAGAAUGUCCUCCUAAUAGUCCACAACGUGAACAUAACUGACACUGUUCAUAGGUUGUUAUAUUAUCUUAUUUAUGUUCUAAUUUUAAUUAUUCUUCCCCCAACAUAUACGUCUGUAUUAUCCUCUUAAUUACUUUGGACAAACCUGCCUCUGUUUGUUUGCUUUCUCUCACUUUAUUUAAUUAAAUGUAUAUUUAAUACCA